GGCCUCUCCCUCCGCCUGACUCUGUAGUGCCGGGGUGCCUGUGCUGGAGGCGGUGUGUUGCUCUUUAUUGUUCCAGUGGAAAGCUCAAUGCACGGUUUCCCACAUUUGUCUCAAUGGCUACCGCACAGAAACCACGUCCCACCUGAGAGAGGGAGCGGUUCGGCUGCGAAACGAGGACUUGGUAUCCACCUAAAACUUGAACGCAACACGGUGUGGGAUUUACGUUCUGCUUUUGGAAAUUAAAAGAAGCUCUUCCACACGGACAAUCUGUGGAUCCUGAAGAAAGAGAAGGGGGUAAGGAAUCAUGCCAUCCGGCUUAUGAAGCGAGGAUACACGUAGCCUCUUUCGCUUUUCAUAGAGCAUACUUAUGAUCAGAGGCAGCCACUUGUAUUCAGAUAUUCCUUUACAGUUUAAGCGCUUUUUCUUCUUAAAGCAACAGUGCGUGAUGUUUGAUGAGCCUGAUAUCCUAAGUAUAAGCGAUUGCAAGCAGCCUGUUCGUUUUCCUAAUCGGCUGAGCUUUAGGAGGUCCAGCAGAGCUUCUCUUACUGUAAGCUUAAUGAUAGACAAGGAAUAGCCUUCUUUAGUGGGUGCUUUUAACAUUGGCACGCAUGGCAACAUUUCCCAUAAAGUUAAUCUUUUAUAGAUCUUACUUUUGAGUUGGAAUAUUACCCACUUUAAGUCAUGUUUUAUCUAUAAUGUUAUUUUUCCUUGUUGUUAUGCUCUGCAGCCUUCCCAGUUUGCAAACCUCACAAUAGGCUUGUCAUUUUUAUUGCACGUUAAGCACACACAAAUAUAGCCCACACACUGUCUUUGGGUGUGAUCUGGCAGCCUUAGCCUACUGACAUCUUUACCCUGGCCUGAAGGAUUACUCUGCUAACCUACAUCCUGGGGCUUGCACUCUUGCCAACUGUACUCUUAUAUGUGUGUGUCUUCAGAAGAGCUUUACAUAGGAGCGGGUAAAAAAAAAAAAAAAGCUGUUUUGUGCAUGCAGGAAAUUGCUCCUUUGUAUCAUCACCUUCACUCUUCAUGGCACCCAGGAGGUGACAAACAAUUCCCUUUCUUUUAUGGAUCUCUGGGGGGGUGUGCUCUUGCUGCUUCCCCCUCUCUUCGCAGCACCCGUGGUCGUCAUUGUCUCGCACAUGGUUGCAUUCACUUUCACGAUCAAUAUCACAGCCGUAAAGGUGACAGAACUGGUGUAACACUCUCCCUCUUUCACGUACACACAGCCUCACGAUUGUAACCCUCCUGAGGGCAAUAGAGCAGCUUAACAGCCCAGCGGGCGGAGAGUGUCACCUUGAUACAACAUACUAUCAAGCGCAAACCAUUGAUCUGCCAAGGUUGUAAGAGUGGAGUGUUUUGGCCUUGAUCUGGGCCUCACCUGUGCCUGCCAGGUAGUCGUAGACACCUAUCAGUGUCAUUUUAUGACAACUUGUGAGCUUUUUCCUCAGGUUCUGCCUUAUUCAGGUGAUUGUUGAGCUAUGUGAAUGACUUUUACUACACUAUUACCCUCAGGGAUGCUAAAUACUGCAGACAUACAGUAUUGGAAGAUACAAGCUUGAAAAUUAAGUAUCGGCAUUGACAGAUAUAGGCUGUGUGGCAAUUUUUAAGUGUUGGACAGGUGAAGCAAGGAAGAGCAAAACAGCGACAACAAUCAGCCAAACUUAUAUCAGCCAAUUAGAUAGAAGGAGAAAUCUUACAGAAAACAACAUUUUAAAAGUUGCAAUACCUCUAGACAGUCAUCCAUUGGAUUGAGGAGUCUCUGGCUGACAUUUAUAACCACUUCCUGACACUAAAUAAACCAAAUGAUGAUGAAUUAUCAUCAGAUUAACCGAUUAACAUAAUCAUUUGUGGGGAUUAUUGCUAAAUCCCUGACACUGGAGCACGUUUUGUCAUCUUAGCUGUGUGGAAGUGAAACUGCCUCAGUUCACAUCCUCUUUUCAUCAUGGUCAGUUUGUGACCCUGAUCUGCUUUCACAGUACAGAUACUGUGUUUUAAUCUGUUCCUGUUAAACACAGUCUAUAAUCUGGCAGUUUUUUGUCCAAUUUGGAAAAUGUGUCAAUUGUUCGGUCUCUUUUUUUUAGCUUCUAUGUUGCUUCUUAUGCAACAUUCCUUCAUGUGAAUAUUGUAUCCCUGAUUAUGUAAUCCUUCGAUUCCACUUUGUGCUGUCUUGAUUAAUAUUUCCAACAACAAAAAGGAUUAAAAGCAGAUUAACGCCUGUCAAAGUUAAAGCCCUCUCUGUAGAUGCACUCAUGCACACACGCUCACACUCACAUCCGAUUCCCAGAGUCCGGCUUCCCCCUCGCAAAAAACUCUUGGGAAAACUUUCAGUUCAAAGGCUGGAUGAGAGGCCUCAGUCCCUCCGAUUUAAAGCCCGGGCUGCUGGAAGCUCCCACAGUGGCUUCCUUUGUGCCUGCAGUGUGAUCAGCUCACUCUGUAUUCCUCUCUUGCUCAACUUAACUCCGUGUAUAAUCCUCCAGCCACAGCAGAGGACAGGAUGAAACUUUGGCCUCCAAACUUCCACUUUUCAAGUUGUAUAAGUGAUCCAAAAAUGGAGAUACUGCAAAACAAGUUUCCUCUUCAGGUUUUUGUUUAUUUUUUGUAGUUUAAAGGAAAGAACUGUUGAAACUUUAAGUCGCAAAAUGCUCUAAAAUGUUGCUGGGAAUUGGCUGCUGCUGGACAAAAACAACAUUUGUGCUUGCUUAUCUAGAUGAAAAUAUAUGAAUUGCAGUACUUUGCAGGAAACAGAAAACAAACUCUCUGUGACUAAAGUUUCUGUUUGUGUUUGUGGUCCUAAAAUUUGGCCUAAUGAUGAGCUUUUGCACAGAGAUGUAAACCCUACUGUCUGCAGGAUGGUAUUUUCCAGUGUAAACAGCACCUGCUUGUGAGUGAAGCAUUAGGUGGAGCUGUAAAGCCGGCUUUUUAUGACACUUUUGUUGCUUUAAAGGAUGAGCAAAGUCUCAUAAGCAGAUCUUCUUGGUCGUGAGGCAGCUAUUGUAAACGUCUCUCGACAGAGCGCCGCUUUCAGUGCAGCGGGGAAGUCGCACACAGGAACAAAUGAACGUUCCCACAGGUGUAAUGAGUAACCUGAAUGUCAGGUCCCCUUUUGUUAUUAUCAGGUCACUUCUUUGGCCGGGUUCCAGUUUCCAUUAUCAGCUUUCGUCACCGGGGUAAAAAAAAGGGUACAAGUUUUUGUGCACAGGUGAAAGAGGGAUUAGCAGAGCUCAUUGUGGAAAUAAAAGGCUGAACAAAGGGGGAAGUGUCUCUCAAGUUUAUGUGCAAAUACACUUUAUAGCAGAGAGGGUUUCUGUGCGUCCAUGGAGAGUGCGCAGUACUGUAUAAUUUUGGCUGUAAUACAUGCAGGACAAAGAUGUCUCUCUUUCCAUUUUCACACUGGGGUCAAAGGUCAGCUGCAGAGUGGCUCCCCUGGAGCUUGUAGGCAUUUACUGGCUGUGUGCCACUUCCUGGGCCCCUUUCUCUGAAAACUGAGGGUUGGUCAGUAAAACAUCAAUUUGAAUCUCUUUUAUUGGUUGAGAAAGUCCCAAUGUUAGUUUGAAUAUCUCUUAAUUCCCACGUUGAUAUCCUGUCUUUGUACAAGCAGAAAUAGAAAAUGACUCAUUUUAAUCCCCAUGUGAGAGAAAAGUAUGAAAUCCUCAUGGAAGAGAAGUUAGAGCUGCUGUCUUUGGAUGAAGAAAACGCUCAAAGUUUUACUUUUUUUAAGUAGGUCUCAUCUCGGUGUCAUCGCUCAUCCAGUCUGAGCCUCACAGAGAAAAGCGACGGCCACUCACUGGAUGGAUUUUUGGGAUAGUCUACAUCAAACCGCAAAUUAUACACUGGUUUUAUUUGGCAGAUUUGGGCAGAAGAGAGCUGUAUUUUUAUUCUCAGGCACAUUUAAGGGAAGAUUUUUGGGAUCACACAGCCUUAAAUCAACAUGAUGACACACUGCAUGUACACGGUCUUAAAAUAUCAACCUCACUUUGGACAGGGUGAGAGACUCUCUGAGGGACACUUUAGCCAUGCGCCAUAAAUAUGAUAUGAGUGGUCAUUUAAAGCUCCAGUGAGGAGUUUUUGACUGGUGACGGAAAAAACUGAAAUUGAUAAUGCUGUAUUCAUAUGAGCUACAAAAACAAGUGAGCCCAUCAGCGAGAGGAAUGAAACCUUUUUUUUUUUUUAAAGGCAUGGUUGAUGAUCUGAGAAGCAGUUGAAAAAUACUAAGCCGUUGAGGCCCUCCCCCCCAACCUGUGUCGCCCUUCCCACGACACACCCCCUCUGGCAGACCAAGAAGUCAGCCGGCAAAAGAUGCUACGUUAGCUUCAAAUAGGAUUCACCAUGUCGGAUUGUUAGUGACUAGCAGCAGUAAACGCCAGCUCACAGCUCCUGUAGCUAAGCUGCUACGCUACUUUUAGCCGCUCAGAGCACCGAGGAGGGAGAGUGGGAGGGGACAAGUCGGAUCUACGGGAACUUUUCUCUUCACUUUGUGGAGAUCGCACUAUAGGACCAUGAUCUCCAUAUAAACGAGGUCCAUAAUAAUUACCAAUCUCUCCAAUUGUCAACCAUGCCUUUAAAAUUUUUGAUGCCUGAAAUUGUGAAGUAGGGGGGUAGGUGUCGGAGACGUUGAGGAGAUGGCCUUUUCUAUGAGACAUAUGUAAACAAAGGUAGAAAACCCAAUUUACACAUCUAAAUUUUAAGAUGACAAGAAAUGUGAAAAGUAUCACUUUGUCCACUGGGGGCGCUAAAACCAAAACUAACAGAAAAUUCCUCACAGGAGCUUUAAUUCAGACAUACAGUACUGCUGGUGACUUUCUCCUCUGAUCUGAAUCUGAGCUUACGAACAACCUGUUGAACAACAUGGCGCCCAGUUGGCGCUGAAUGUCGCACUGAUUUAUUGGCAGGUUAUGUGUCAUGGCUGAAAGCAUAUUUAAAGCACUUUUACUCCCAGACAAAUCAGCGACUGAACUUUCUCAAACAGAGAAGAGAGUUUUUUUUUGUUCACGUAAACACCGCCAGCGUGCUUCAUUCCUUCCUCGCCCCCCCACCGACUGUCUUCUAAAACAUUCCCGGGCCCUGAUGUCACCAACCGUCUGCGAGGAUAUUUAUUGUCUGAGGUUGGGGUUUAUCAAGUGUAGGAUGGCGGCGGUGGGGGCGAUGAAAAGUUUGUGCCUGUUUGGCUCUGAGAGAAAAGAGAGGGCGAGAAGGGGAGGGCGGGGGGGGCGAGUCUUUGUGUGUUUUCAGACCGUAUCUCAUCUGCCCCACUUAUGAGGCUUUGAUUCAAGUCUGAACUGGCCUUACACAGAGCGGGGGAUGUUCUGUUUGUAGGAAACGGCGUAAAUCCCACCUGCAUGUGCUGCAGCUGGGAGAAAGGAGUGCGUCUCUUUAGGUGUGAGGCAUGUCUGUCUGCUUCAUUGUGCAUGACCAAACUCUGAGUUUAUCUGUCAUACUGCGGUUUAAACUCUGCUUUAAUCACCCUGACCGGUAUCAAACCCCAGCUGAAGACUCACUGACUAAACGUCUGGUCGUUUCUACCAAUUAAACCCAGACUGAAGAAACCCUGGCUCCUUCUCUUUGCUUAUUUCUGGAGCUUGUUCUGCAGAAAGUUUCCCCUGGAGCCAUGUUCUGAUGUCCUCGGGGAUGUUUUUUUUCUCCCUCAAAAUGUUUGCUUGUCUAACACCCACACUGCUCCUAUAAAAAGAAAACAGGAAUACCAUACAAGGAGAUUUUGUCCAGAAUUUACCAACACACAGGAUGUGAUGCAGCUGAGUGCUCAUGUAGGAGCUUAAAUCUAAGAGGAAAUGCUGGAUCUCUGUGUUGAACUGCCUAUUAUGUGUUUAAGACAUCCAAAAAUAUCUGGAAAUCACAGCCUGAACUGAUUGCUGGCUGUUUUAGCUUCAAGUGCAUGAAUGCAACCCAGAAUUUAAAGCAGAUGCAUCUAAAAUCACCCCUUCUCUCUCCUUCUUGCAGACGUGAACAUAGGUGCCUGAAAGACCGAGCACUCCUGAAACCACAGCGCCCAUCACCAUGGUGGAACCAGCCGAUAGGCCGUCCGCAGCCGGGCAGCGGCUGAGCGCCCCGGAGAGUUUCGGCGUUUCCACUCUAGAGCCGGGACUCCGCCCUCCUACCCAGCCCCCGGGGCGACAAGUGUCCAUUAGGGUUCAGAUGCUCGACGACACACAGGAAGUCUUCCAGAUAUCGGUGAGUAAUAAGAGACAUGUAAACAAUCAGCCGGUCGGCCAUGUUGGAUAUACCGGUGAAUCAGACGUCGCAACAACACGCAAUCUGAUUGGUCAGAAGUGGACACACAGUAUGCGAAACUUAAGAAAAAUCAUCCGUGAUACGAAAAAAUAAAUGCCGCAAUAUCGCAGGACGGGAAAACGUCGCUGAUGUGAACGCUUGUAUUGACAGGAUACAGGUUAAAAAAAAAACAUUGACGUCCAAAAUAAUCGCACAAGAAAAACGCUCCUGGUGUGUAGGGACCUUAAGACCGGACAUCUGAAGUGCAUGUAAACACCUUAGUCCGACUAUAAACAGAAUUUGAGAACUCCGGUUAAGACACUCAGAUAAUGCGAUUGGAAUUCGAUUUUCUCUACCAUGCAACCCCAGAACAAAAACACUAGAGAAGAGGAGUAGUGUGCCCCUCAUCUGCUGAAAAAGUAGUGCCUACAUCAUGUACGACAAAAACAACGCUGUACUGAUGCUCCAUCUUCUUGAUCGAAAAUGCCCAGCAGCAGUUGUAGACACUUCUGACAUCUGGCAUCGCCCCCUAGUUUUGGGGAGGAGGACACAUUCACGUCAAUAAUUCGAUUUUCUCAGCUGCAUGUAUACGCGGACAAGAGGAAUAAUAAUUAUGAGCUUAAACUGUGUAGUAAACGCAGUGACUGUGGGCUAUCAACUCCCACAGUUACAAUAAUCCCAUCUCGUGCUGUAGCUGCAGGUUCAGUUGCGCUCUUAUCACACAUAUCUGCUUCCCGGUGAGACACAGGAAGUGGGAUUGAGACCAGCUUCCUGUUUAAGCACACCCCACCUUUGACUGGAUCCUCACAGACGGAAACACGCUGCAGCUUUCAUUUUUCCCUUUCUGUCAGUUCUCAUAUGAGCACCCAGUUUUUUAAUUUCCGGCCUUUUUAUCUCCAGUUUACUCUCCUGUUUUUUUGCACUUUAAAUCUCUGAGACUUGGAUGUGAGGUUUUUGUUUGUGUGCAGCUGCUCCCUAAUGCUGGUCAGAGAUCAGCAUCACAGGCAGUAGCUUUAAUGACAUCUGUGCUGCUGCUGCUGCUGCUGUGGGAGUAGUACUUGAAUUUCUGAAUUAAUGUCAACCGCAAUGACGGGAACUUUGCUCGCACGCCCUCUUCUGCAAUUCGCAUGCCGGCCGCCGCUUUACCGGCUCUGAAUUCUGAGUUUUUUAGUGAUGAUAAUUAAGCAGAAAUUCCGGCGAGUCUCCCUGUCUCAGCUGGCUUGUCGCACAUCCAGAGCUGCCAGUUUGGAAGAGUCAUAAUUGGCUCUUGUGAAAAUGCCAAGAAUGUACGUGGUUGUUAGUGCCUGAGGAUGUGUGCGUCUGCGGCUGUGCGGACACUUCGACGGGGGGGAGCUGGGAUCCUGGGUUGAGGGAUUGUGUAUUUUUUUUUGCAGUUUUGAAACCCCUAAACUCAUGUUUUCUCAAAUUGGAGUCAGAAAAGUGAAGCUGCGGCUCUCCGCAGGGCAGCAGCAGCCUUUAUUUAUGACUUCUGCUGUUGUUUUCUUCAGAGAGAGAAGUGUAAACCAGCGGGAGACAGGAGCAGAAACAAAAACGAGGCAAAAACAAAGAAAUGGAGGAGAAAAUAACAGAAUGAGAUCUUUUUAUUGCACAUUCAAAGAUCUAAAUGGAGCACUGUUUCUUGGCUUGACUCACCUUAUCUGUGGUUUCCUGCUACAACGCCUCGCGGCGUGUUUGUGCAGAAGGUGUAGACUAACGUGUGAAUCAACAGAUAAGCCUGCAGCCUUUACACUCAGGUUGGCACUCAGUCGGGCAUUUUUCUCACCACAGGGAGAGCUGGCCUUCCAAUAAACUACUCAUUAACCCAGCCUGUAAUCCGAAAACCCUCAAAACCUCAGCCAGGGGGGUUUUGAAGAGGGGCAGUAAAAUUUAAAGAUCCAAAACAUCAUUUGAAGCCGCUAUUUUUCACACUCAAGUAACACCUCUGGUAUGCUGUAGCUCCAGGGUUUGGGUGCUUAUACUCCAUUACAUUACAGAUAUUGAAUGUUCAGGGGCAAAAGUAGUCCUCACUGAUCUGGUUCAACCUCCUCAGAGGAGCUCCAAACAUGUGACUUCCAUUGAAACGACAUAUUUGGGCUCCAUGUGGCCCUCGCCGUGUUCUUUGGCUUUCAUUGUCGUGACAUCGUGUUUCUGUUAUUUCUAAAAUGAACUCUAUCCGAAGGCUCUCUGUCGGGAAUGUGGACUAUGUGAACGGACUCCGUUCGUCAGAUUCCCAUGAGCGGGAGAUCCUACUGUGUUUUAUUUGGGCUCUAUUGUUUGUGGAGGCCUGGGCCUUAAAUCGAACCCAGCUUUUCUCCUGCGUGGAAUAACAGGAAAUAUUAGCCAAUCAAAUUCAGCCUUCAUGGCGAAGUAUGCGGAUCGUAAAUCCACACAUAUGGUGGAGAAUCACCUCACUUACACUGAAUAUUUUUAUUAUUAAUUCACUUUCCUGAGCUGACCUUGAAACUCGAAAACACCUUACAUUCAUAAAACACCGCCCACUGCUUUAGCGACCGCUAUCGCUACGCUACACACACACUUAGAGGCUUCAUUAUUAAUGUGGAAUAGAAGCAGCAUGUCAGAGCAGUGUGAGAGUGCACAACACUGUCUCCGACUGCCACUCUGUAAAUAAUUAAACACAGAGGGGAUGUGCCGUAUACAUGCAUGCAUGCUGAAUAAUCAAGGAUGGAUGUUACUCAUUCACUCUGUUGUAACAAUGGAUCCUUUCACAGAGCUUGUCUAUUGAUUUGAAUGUAACAACAUGUCCGCCUGCCAACUCCUCAUAUCUGCUCCACUGAGUUCCUUUGAUAUCUGAUUUUAUUACAGUUUAAUCUCAUCAUAGAGAUAAAAAAAAAAGACUCCCUGCCCCAAACAUUUAACAUCGAUCACAAGGGCCCGACCGAUAUGGAAUUUUUGGGGCCGAUGGAUGCCGUUCCCGAUUAUUAGGGCUGAUUAAUUACCAAUUAAUCGGCUGAUUUUUAAUUUUAUUUUAUGAAGUUAGAAAAAAUAUAUAUAUACUGGUAGAUAUAGAAUACUAUAUACCAUACAUAUACUGUAGGCUACUGCUCUUUACGCCGACAGGAAGACCGACUGAUCAAACUCAGACCAGAAAAGCGUUUUCAAGAAGUAGCUCGAUCACGUAAUGUGUACUGUUGUUUACUCUACCAUUACUGGCACGGCUAACAGUGUAGCGAGGCUAAUAGCAGAUGGCUAACUCUAACUUUAUCUUGCAUAUUACAUGGUGGUUCACCGUUAACUCGGCGUGACCGAGACCAGCACAGCGGGGAACACUGUAAAGUGGGUUGAACUGAAACUUGUUGACUUAUUGUGUAUUUCACAAACUGGUUUAUUUACCGUUGAGGCGGACCACUCUCCUCCGUGCGUCCCUGAGCUGCCUGCUUCAGAUCCGUCACUCUGCUGUGCUGUGAGGUAGUUAGUGGUUGAAGAUUGUCAUGAGGUCGCUGCGCCAUCUACAGGAUAAGUCGGGGAACUUUUCAACUGGCGGAACAUUUUUAAAGUGAAACCGAAUCUUAUUCUCCGCAUUUUAUUUCUGAGUUUUUGCUGAUUACCAUUAGUCUCAAACUGGGUAAAAUUGGCCGAUUUUAUCAGCUCACCGAUAAAUCGGUUGGGCCCUAUUGAUCACUACUGCUCAUGAUUUGAGCUAUUUUACGAGGGUUGCUCUUGCUAGCUCUGCUUCCAUUGCCUGGAUUGCAGGACAAGAUGUUGCUCCACUUUAACCAAGCUGAAAUGGAUUUGUUCCCAACUUUGAAGACAGGCCUGAACUGAAAAUUAUCAUUUUGGGCCAAAGUCAUACUUUUUUAUAUUCAUCUGUAUUGGCUGACUGGUUGAGCUGUUUCUUUAUGCAGUGUAUGUUGGGUAAAACCAACACAUAUCCCCCCCGAUGUAAAUACCAAAUACAAUAAUCCAAAGCAGGAAGUAAUCCCUAACAAAUUCUCCAUUUUCCUUUUUUUUUGGGUACGUUUUCAAAACUGUCAUACUCAGCUGGUUUAACGUGAAAUGUCUCUAGGUGUGUCCUUAAACUGGAGUUGAGCCUGGCCUUGAAAAAGGUCAGGAGGGAAGAGAUAAACAAACUAACCCUGGACUUGAAAUUGCAUGUUUUGUUGUGUGUUUUAAUCAUAUGUCUUUAACAUACCGUGGUUUCACAUCCAGCCAUGACAACCAGACCUUCAUUCUUGCACCUGCAUGUGCAAUUCAUUACAGUGGACAUGCAACAGCUUUACAUGGUGGCAAAGAUGAAUCCCCGCUGACUCCCUGGGGAACAGUUGAGCUCAGUUAAGCCCACCCCCCGUGGACUUGCCCCCCAUAAGAACCUGAUUAGUGCAGCUGAUGCAUAUUUUAUUCUUACAGUGAGUGUACAUAUGGAGCAGCAUGUCCCCUUUCACUUUUGCAUGCAGAGUUCUUCGUUUUCAUUCAAUUUGGGGCUCUUGAUUGGUUGAUGUUUUCCCUGCAGGGCCUCCUCUAGCAUGUUAACUUGACCUUAAUCCCUGCGACACCAUCCAACACAUCCACACCAAGAUUGACCCUCCUGGUCAAUGCCAGAAGCUCUCGCAAAAACACAACAAGGGGGGGGCUAAAAGAGGCUACGCACACGUGGAAGGGGUGCGUGUUUCGGAUGCAGUCAGAUCCCUCCUGUUUUGUUUUCGUUGCAUGAUUGGAUUGUGGCUUUAUGAUCUGCAUGACUUCUAACCUUGUGUUUUGUACGGUUUUGGAGAAAGAUACCGUAUUACAAAGAAUCGAGGGUGGGUUUAGGAGGAUUAGGAUGAUAGAGCCGCUUUAUACACAACAUCACUUGAUGGACUGGAGGUCCCCAAAGGCCUCUGAUAAAUGAGCUACAAGUCCCCCGCCACAUUAUGCACAAAUGCGCUCCUGGGCUGCGAUGUGGGGCUGUUGACAUUUCAAAUUGAUGGGCCUUUGUGCUGUCGGCCACCUCGGGAGUAAAUGAUACAUGUGGAAGGAGCAGAUAGAGAAGAGACAAAAGAAGCUGAGGUUGCCUGGAUGGCCGCAUAUGUUCUCCAAAACAAUGAAUGAGAGUAGAGGAUGCGCUGUCCACGGUUCGCAAAAAGAUGAAUUCGGAGCAGUUUCUACCUGCGUUUGUGGAUUUGAGCUAAUGCAGUGACUUCCACUCCAGAGCCAUGUCUAAUUUUAAGAUCAUGGCUAUCAUGUCUUUUUUGGUACAGAGAUUCAUCCAGAUUUGCACCAGGGGACAUUAUUCAAAAAUUGUUGUACUUUUUCCUCACGCAGUUGCUCACAAGGUGGUAAAAUCAGCAUAGAAAUGAUUAAAUAUUACAGUUUCAACUCUUUUUAAAACUAAUAAUUGCGUUUAGAUUCUAUUUUUAUCAACAUUUUAGCCAGUCGUUCAGCCUUUUUGGGGCAAAUGUACAUUUAGUGUAAUUGUGCCUCAUUCCUUCUCCAAAUCAGAAGUAUGUCUGCCUCCUCCUGCAGCUGAAUUCUUGACUUUUUGCCUCUUAUAAGACCAGAGGAAAUUAGCUCUAAUACAGCCUAGCAUUACUGAAUUAGCAUGCACAGAACCAGACAGUAAUUAUUCUGUCCAGACUAAGUCCCAGAGUUAUUUUAAUCCUUGGACAGGACUACAAACUCUUUUUUCUUUUUCAUUUCGAAAGAGUUGAGUGGACUUUUUCAUCCUGGGUUUCGAUAUUUAACCCAUAAGCAUAUUAAAACUGAGCUUUCUGUCUCUUCUCAGGGUUUUUUUCUGCCGUAUUUAUGCUGGAGAGAGACUCACAAAAGAGACAAAGUGAUGAUAAAAGAUGAGAUAGUGUGUAUUUUGAAGCUUGGAGUCAAACUGUGAUCGUGUUUCUCUGUUUGCUCAGAAGUUGGCAGUAUUCCUGGUAGUUAAGUCGCGGCGGUUUUGGAUGUGUGGGCAGAGCCAAGGUGAUGUUUAAAGGCAGCAAAGUGUAGUCAUUUCAGGGUGAGGCUCAAACGCUGGCUUUGUGAUCUCGCUGAAGUUUACGACCCAUCAUCCCGGCAGUUUUUUCUCUCACUCUCUAUCUGUCCUCACAUCCAAUCUCUAAGCCCUCACUUCUAAUCUUUCCCUUUCAUUCUGCUGUCUUGGAGCGCUUACAGAACUAACAGUAGCUUUGGCAGACCACAUUCAUCAUCCUUGUCCACGGGGACCUCCUCCGUGAGCGGUAAAUCCCCCCUCGCCAAAGUUUCUGCUCGAUACACCAUCGUAACAUCCUAAACUUGUGUCCAUGCUGUUUGCGUGAGCUCGCACGAGCCCCGUUAAACCACGUUACAUGGAGAUGUGAGUUUAUAGGCCAGUGUGCUUAUUCAGCACAUGUCGAUGUGUGCAUGCUACGACCUGCUUAAGAUGACUCAAUCAGAGCCCUAUUAGAAUAAAUAUUGAAUCAGAUUUACAGAUUUAAGAGCCUCCCUCUGCUGACUCUCAUGAUGGGAACAAGGAUGUACUUGACUAAAGUACAUCUUUUAAGUACAUCCGGUGAUGAAUCAUAGUCUCUUCAACUCUUAGUCACUGUGUUUCUCGACUUUUCGUACCUCUGCAAUGAGCUACACCAAAUGUGGGCGAGCUUGAGUUUGAGUGGAUGAAGUCUGUUCAUUGUAAGCAUUUUAAGUGUCCCUGAGAUUUUUCCAAUACAAACACAAGUUAAGACUUGAAGGUCCUAGAUUUCCAGCUGUUAAAACCUAGCUGUCUUUUUAGGGCAGGGCUUUGUUUAAGUUACAAAAAGUCACAAAUUCAGUCAUUUAAGAGGAUUUGCAGCUUCUUGGUUUGAAUGCAGAGGCGGAAAAACACCAAUAACUCCCCCAGGAGAUCCUUUCAUAAGGGUCAGUUUUAGAGCAAGCUUUACUCUUCACUGAUUUUUCUCAAAAGAUAAGUCACAACAGAGACGGUAAAAUAGUUGGAUGGUGCACCUGUUGCUUUAAAGGGAUAUUCCAGCGUAAAAUUAAGUUAGGGUCAAACACACGUAACAUCGAGUUAGAUGAGUGUUGCCAACCGCUUGCUUCUCUACUUGUACCAACUUAAAUAAUGACCGCAUGACAGUAAUACACAGUGGUCUCAGGAGCCACGCGCUCAACCAAAACGCCACUCUAUAGCCACAAAUAAUGCUCAGAAAAGCACCUAACUUCAUCAACAGGACAUAUAGGGUCCCAGUCAUAGUACUAGACACCAAAUAUCUUUUUGGCUUUGCCUGGUUUCUUUAGCAAAGAGAGUAAACACAACUCACCUACUCUCUUCCAGCAGGCGCUUGUUUUUGGGGAGCCCUUACAAGUCAAUCACCAAGUGCAGCGGGGUGACGCAGCUCAAGGAAGAACACUUACGAUAAUUUCUUCAUGGAAAUGCAAUCAGACCGAGAUGCUAAGGCAGAAGAACUACCACGUCUGCAGUGCAAAAUGAUUAAUAUGGUGAUUAUUACUUCAAGGAAAUGAUAAAGAAAUGAUCAUACAUGUUCUUCCUAUAGCUGCGUCACCCCGCUGCAGUCGGUGAUGGACUCGCCGGUGGUUUCCGUACCAAAACAAGUGCCUGCCGGAAGAGAGAAGUUGAGUUUAGUCUCUUUGCUAAAGAAAUUAGUCAAAGUUAAAAAGAUGUUUGGUGGCUAGGACCCUAUAUGUACUGUUGAUGAAGUUAGGUGCUGUUCUGAGCAUUAUUUGUGGCUAUAGAGUGAUGUUUUGGUUGAGCACGUGACUCCUGAGACUGCUGUGUAUUGCUAUCGUUACUAAAGUUGGUAUAACUAGAGAAGCAAGCGGUGGGAACAUUCAUCUCUCUCAGGGGUGUCUAACUUGGUGUCACGGUGUGUUUGACCCUAACUUAAUUUUACGCCAGAAUAUCCCUUUAAAGCCCCUGUAAGCAACAUUUAUGUGAAUAUUGUGGCGCCCAGAGUGGAAAAGAUGACACUUUGUGUUUUCCUGUAAUUACAAAAUAAGUAUUUCUGGCUAUAAAUGUCUCAGUUAUGAAAAGUCUCUGUUGUGAAAAGUGCAACAGCAGUAAAAAAAAGUUGUAUUCUUGGAUUGUCUGACUCCUUCCAUGUAGAGGUAGCUACACACACUAUAAAUAGCCACAGAGACCUAAUCUGCAGAUGAUCUUGUUUGCUUCUGUCUGAGGAAGGAGGAUGUGGACCAGUGCAGGUGAAUACAGAGGCUGAAAAACACCAAAGCAAACACAUGGCGAGCCCUCCAGGAGAACUCGUGCCAACUCCGAGCUAAAUGUUUCAAGUCAUAAGCUGAAAAGGUUAUCACAAACCAAAGAGGACAUGUCAAACUGUUGAUGAAGAUGGUUUUGUUUGUCACAUGGAGGCAUCAGCAAAUGAUCUGUUUGAUGGUUUCAGCGUUUGAUGGAUGAUGAAUUUUUCCAGUUUUCAAAUGAAAAUGAUUUGAGUUCAGGAGGAGAACUUUGUUUCUCACUCUAAAUAGUUAACCCUGAGCUGAACAUUUUGCCAAUUACAAAGGAACAAAGAGUCAGCUGUCGCCUUCACAACCAGAUGAGUGUUAUAUAUACUUCGGUCUGUAUCAAGUAAAAAAAACAGCCUUAGGAAAAAAGCAGAGUCAUACCCCUAAAUUUAAGUAACAUGUGGAUGCAGCGUGCUCGCGUACAGACUUUUAAACAGAGGAGCUGCUCUGCGUUAUGUAAUGGUUGGCAUUCAGUGUCUCAUUCCUGCGGUCAGGGACCUCAAAAAGCAACUUCUUCUUCCUGCACUGACUUUCCUUUCAGCUACCUCUGCUCCUUAUUUUCUCCUCUGUAACUGACCUCAGAGUUAAACCUGCUGGUGGAGUGAAUGAAGAGAUUUUUCCCAUGAAGAUAAAUAAAGUAACAUGCUAUUAAAGUUCAAAACAUGAUUUGAGAAAAAGGCGGUGAUAGGACUUCUUUAUAUGUCAGUGUCUUGAGGUUCAGUGGGAACUUCGGCUGAGGCUCUGCUGUCGCAAUACAAGCGUGCAUUUUGUAAUUCCGCCAUGUAGGUGGGUGUGUGCGCGUGCAGCCACGUGGAAGCGUUUAGCAGUGCUGAGUUCAAAGACAGGGCCACAGACGGAGCUGCCUCUGAGCGAGGAAGGAGAAUGAGGAAAGGAGACAGAGAGAUUAUGACUCUGAGUCUCUCCAUGAUUGAGAGACAGUUACUGAAACACUGCUGGUGAAAGUGAGCCGGAAAGAGACGAAAGGGGCCCAGCUGAGGGUCGAAAAAGGAGGCAUGGUGUUCCUCUCACUGUGAUGGAGAAAGAGGGCGAAUGUAGCGACUGUGAGGGGGAGGAAGAUGUAUACAGAUGCACAUCCGUCUCCCACAGAAGCGAAUGAAUGAGCAAACAGUGUCUGGCUGCAGAUGGGAAAGGUUAUUUUUGAAGUAAUUGCAUUCAACGAGGUCCCAAGUGAGGGAGCUGGGCCCCAUUUGGGGUAAUCUGCAAUCCUGAUUCAGGGUUAUGCACCAAACCCCAGCAAGAAACGAGGUGAUUUAGCGGAUUCGCAGUACAGGCUUAAAAGGCAUUCAGCUAUUCUUCAAAGUUGGAAACUAAUUGCUUCCUUUAUUUGUGUUAUCUUGAUGCCUAACACGCUAUAACAAUAUCUUAUUCACCCUGUCAUCACAAACUCUACCCCAGUUUGGGUCUGAAAUACUUUAGUGAUGUUGUUUUAAACACAAUGGGAAAUUAGCAUCAGGCUUUAGCCAAAAGCUGGAAGGUUUAUCUCCCCUGCCAGACACACUGGAGAACAGCCAGAACUCAUUUAGAGCUCCUGUUGAGUUUAAAAAAUGAACCUGGAAGAGGUUGUUCAAUAAAAAGAGAAUUGUAGCGACAAUUUAAAUGUUGGUGUUGGACACAGGAAUGAGCUUAAGGCAGCUCUUCUGUUUCUGUAAUCUGAUCUCUCCUCGCCGUUAGAUUUUCUCCACCUGAGAGCGAGAAACUGAAGCGGUGAGGGGGAGUCUAUCGCUCUAAAUGUCGCUAAAAUUAGCUCGAGUUGGACAGGUUUUUAUGGGCAGAGCUGUGAGGUUUUCUGGCUCCCUUUCCCAGCUGUCUUUGCUGCCAUAAAUCUGCAGCCGAUGAUAAAGGAGAGUAGUUAGCUUGUGUUUGGGUUUCCCCCUCAGUGCAGGUGAUAAAGUGAGUCCUACCUCUGGUGGUGGGAGAGGGAGGAGGGCCCAGAGUGCUACAGUAGAGAUAGGGCUGGGCGAUAAUACGAUUAUGCUAUAUAUAGAAAAUUAACUUCCCUCAAUAUCAACAUAAAACACGGUCAAUAUCCUUUUUAAUAGUUGGUAUUCUGCCAUUUUUGGUAGACUAUACGAAUAGUCAAUGAAAAGGGGAGUUGCUUCAGGUCCGCUUCGCACUGAACCAAUCAUGUGCUGAAUUAGAACCAAGUAGCAAACAAUUAGUAGUAACAGGCUGCAGCUACACGCAACCAUAGCACUCUAACAAGUGAAGCCGACAGCACUGUCGGUGAGAAAAAAAGAAAAUGAAAAAAAGAUGACAACAUCGUCAACAACACUGGCACGAAAACGUUGGUGGUGUGGAGGUAUUUUGUUUUUUUGAAGUGCUUUCUCUAGCCUUAUGACGAAAUGUCAAGGAGACAUUAAGACCUCACAGAUGCAGUAGCUAAUGUAUUGCAAAAGAGAUGCUAUCAAUUAACACUGUUAAAUUUUACGUUUCAUAUCGUGAUAUAUAUAAAAAUAUAUUGAAAAAAACUUUUUCCCACAUCGCCCAGCCCUACGUAGAAAUGAGUAUAGGUGCUAUUUUUCCAGUGAUAUUCACCUUCAGUCAAGCAGGUACUGUUGAAUUUUAAAUGCAGAGGCGGAAAAACACCAUACAAAUUUGGCGAGUGCUCCAGGAGAGCUAACCAUCCAUCUAUUAGAAUAAACAUUAAUUUUACCAAACUGACUAAUUUCCAAGUCAUUUAAAUGGAAAUUUGAGUGAACUUGAGCAGCUCCUCGACAUAAGAGUGUAUGGGAACAUGACCAGAAGACAUGCUUAAGGAUCUAUCAAGCAGCUUAAGCUCUAAGUGUCAGCUUCGGUAUCUUAAAUGAGAUUUCGGCCCCUCCAUAAGUGUUAAGCACGGCCCCUUAUUAAACUGCCUUGCUCAAUCUCUGUCUCGGAUCAGCACCCUGCCCUGGGUGUUGUUAAGUGGAAGCACGCAGCCCUGUUUUCCAAAAGGUGAAGUGUUUCUUAAUCUCUCUCUUCGCCUCUGUUUGGACAUUUCCCAGAAGCCCCCGCUGGAAUUCAAUGGCGACUCCCCCUGCUGCGUCUCCCGCUGCUCGUUCCUCUGAGAAAGUCACCGAAGAAUGCGGCCUUGGGUGUGAUACGAGGGAGGAAAAGUACUUUACGUGGCUCUCUCUCUCUCUCUACUUCAAGAUGUUCCAACCAAUCAAUCCGGAUUCUCAGCAAAUAUUUGAGGGAUAGUGUUCCUUUAAAUAGCCCUAAUUGGGAAUUCCCAGUAUUACUUCCCCUGAUGAAUCACCGUUACCACUCUGUCGACUCUGCCUGUGAUUUAUUCGUUUGAUUUAAGUGAUGCACUUGAACUUCAUACUGCUUUAGGCAACAUUUAAUUAGACUUCAGCGGCUGCAGAGAUCGUAAUGAGAUUCAUUUUCCGCUGAAAAUUAGUCGUAACGCUGAUAUGUGAGUGUUGAUUGACACGCUGAUUUGUCACGUAUUAAUAACUUUGAAAUUCGCCGCUUUAAAGCUGCCAACCAGGCAUGCAUACAUGUUUACCACAGGCAGAGUUUAUACGCUCAGUUGUGUUUACACACCCUGUUUUUGGCCGCAUAAAUCAUCCGUUUCAGCAACAUGUGCAAAACAAAAACACAUGCCAUCUUCAAGUAUAUUUGCAGUGAGGUUAAAUAGGGUGAAGGGACUAAACCCAGAAGAUAGCAUGAUGCUUUUUUUGCCCCUGAAUAUUUUUAUUCAUAAUUGUCAUACCUCCAAUUACUAACUCCAUUUUCACCUCCUUCCUGUGGAGAAAAAGGGUCCAGUUCACGAGUAACCUGCACUCACAGUCAGAGCUCAGAUACCCUCACUAAAAGCAUCCUCGAACCGUACGCUCCUCCAUUUCCUUUUUUAUCACCCUGCUCCUCGAUGGAGCUCUGGAGGCCUUUCGGGAAACAAAGAAGCCUGUUGUGAGAUUUACAGUCCUCCUUAUUGGACGAGACGUCGGACAAGCGAAUCCUACACGAGACGCCAAUUGCUUUUUAAUGGCGCGUACAGCUGUGUGAAUGUCUCUCCCUCUGCUGCCUGAUUUAAUUGUCCGCCUCAAGUGUUGUGCGAGACUUAAUGUGCGCACACAACACUCAUGAACACACUGUUGUCUUCCUGGCAGCCUGUGAGCAUUUCCACAUCAUCCCCCCCUGUUAGGGUGUUGCCACUCAUAUCUCCCACAGUGCCUUGCUGUCACUGCGGCUGACAAUGCUAGCAGGUAUUUCGCAAACAUGCAGUUUAUUUAACAGCCCAGUUAUUCUCAUAUGUAUGCGUGUGUGUGUUUGUGUGUCCAUCUGUCUGGGGUUUUGAGCCCUUUCCCUUCUGGCAGAGUAGAGGAAGCAGCACUGACGUCUUGCCACUAGGUUAAGCCGUUUAAUCUAAUCUGGACGGGAGGAUGUGAUUGGCAGACGGGACUAAACGAGGAGGGAGGAAGCUUCUCCCAGCUGUCCUGCUGUUCCCUGUAUUUUGGUGCGUGUUGUACAGUAUGGUACAGUACGCUUUGGCCUCAAACCAGGGUCACAUUUUGGUGCAAAUAUUUCUCUUCGAAGUCAUAAAGAUUUCAAGUUUUGAGGAUGUAGUGACUUUGCUCUCAGACAACGCUUUUAGAAGUGAUUUUAAGCUGAUGCAGUGGCUUCCACUGCAGAGUCAUGCCUGUUUUAAGAUAUUAUCUUGUUCUGGUUUCAGGACUCAUCUUUUUUUUGUUGUUCAGAGAUUUAUCCAGAUGAUCGUUGAAUGGUAUUCUGGGGAACUUUUUCCUUAAAUAGCUGAAUUUCUUGUUCCUGCAGUCGCUCAUAAAGCGUAAAAUUGCACUUUUGAGAAUCAAAUAUCAGGUUUUAAUGACUCAAAAUUUAAUUUUUUAUCAACAUAAAGAAAGAGUGACCACAGAAACCUCUAAAUAAGGGUUGCUUGACUCUUUGAACCUGCAUUUGUGGAUGUAGAGUGAAACUAUUUUCCCAAACGAUGCAUUUGGAAGGAUUUUUAGCUCAUGCGGCAACUUCCACGACAGAGCCAUGCCUGUUUUCAAAUACUACCUUGUUCUGGUUUCAGGACUCUCUUUUUUUUUUUUUCACUGACUUAUCCAGAUUUUCUUUAAAUGGUACUCUGGGCAACUCUUUUUUCUGAAAUUGUUCCAUUUUUUGUUUGUACAGUCGCUCACAGUUAUAAAAUAUCAGGUUUUAAUGUCCAAAAUUCAUUUUUUAACAACACUUUACAGCUGAAAAGAGACAGGAAAUGUGGAAAAAUGAGGGAGGAGAAUGUGGGGACUACAUGAAGCAUGAGGAUUUGAACCAGCAACCACUGCAGCGACCACAGAAACCUCUAAAUAAGGGUUGCUUAGCUCUUUGAACCUGCAUUUGUGGAUGUAGAGUGAAACUAUUUUCCCAAACGGUGCAUUUGGAAGGAUUUUUAGCUCAUGCGGCGACCUCCACGACAGAGCCAUGUCUGUUUUUGAUGCAGUGCUGCCUGAGAGUCAUCUGUGGACACUCAGCUGAGGAACCAGACCUCUAUUACUUCAUCCUGGCAGUCCUGGACCUGGUUUGAUGGUUCGCUGUGUUUGUCACAUUAUCUGGAGCCUCAGGGAACAAGCAUCCUCAAACUAUCUCAUUUGUUGUUUUCCUGUUAAAUGAUCUGGGAAUUGGAGAAAAUAAUAAAUGAAAGCAGUCGGCAGCACAUUACUGUCUUACAGUCUGUCCUUUCUGGUGAUUUUCAGCUCCGGCUCACUCCUCAUCCCUCUCCGAAACACCUUUUCCAAAAGGUCCACCAUGAAACUGAAACAGAUUCACCGCUCAAAUUACCGCUUUGCACGCAAACUCACAGCUAGACGGGAGUUUAGUCAAGGUUCAGGUAAUUCCCUCGCUCUCUCUCUCUUUCGCAGCGGGGUGGAGUUAUCGCUUUCAUUUCCAGGCUUUAUCGUCCCACAUCUAUCAGCACUCUCCUUGUCACAUGAACUUGAAGUGAACACGGGUUGUUUUCGCAGCAGAACAGAAACUAAUCGAUGUUCCUGUGAGCAUUUCUCUCCUUCAAGAAGGUCGACUUUUGCACCAUUGCUGCCUCAUUGCGAGUCAAAACAGCGUCUCAUGAAGGUGCGAUUUUAAAGUCACAACAAGAGAAACAUCAUGUUUACUCAUGAUGAAGAUUUCCACUGCAGAGAUUCUUGCUGAAAUUCAUGGCAGAGGAGCUAAAGGAGGAAACUGAGCAGCUCUGAGGUGUUUUUGUUCCUGCUGACCCCCGUUGAGAGCUCUUAUCGUCAGUCUUACCCAUCUGGUUUCCAUCCCAUUAGUCAGAGUACAGACCUUUCACUGCGUGCCAAUUUGCCUCAUGCUCUUUUGUUUCUCCUGCAUCUUGGGGCUUUAUUUUGAAAGCAGAAGCUCAGGUGUUAAAUAUAGGAAGCCAUUAUAGGCGGGGAUUUAAAUACUCUAAAUGCCACGUUCGUUUAUUUUUACGUCUUAUUUUUAGGGUUUCAGAGGUCAUUCGCAUCGAUGACGCUCUGGGACGCUCUCUAAACCCCCGGCGCACCACGGCAGAUGGCGCGAAUAUUUUGCUUGGCUGCAGGUUGCAGGGCAAGACAGGAUGGGAAGAAACGGAGAGCGCAGGAAGAAAAACAGAAUAAUUAAUAGGUAAAAUCUGUCCGUGAAGACCUGAAUGGAGAGCUGACACAGGGAUUGAGAUGCAGAGCGGACUUGUGUGACUGUUUUACUGGCUUUCUUUUGAGGGGGGAGAAAGAUGUGUUUCAUUAAGUCUUCAUCUGGACAUAAAGGGAGUUUCACGGCAACAAAAGACAGAGAGGGCGACAUAUAUAUGAAGGUUUUCUUUACUUUAGGUCUUCAGGGGGGAAAGUAAUAAAAAAAGAGCUUUUACUUCGACGGGGGCCGCGUCUGAGUCUGGCUGACACUAACCUUGUAGGAUAGGAGAGGUCUUGGCUUUCAGCAGAGAAGGUUCGGUUUGGUUUGGCGGAGGAGAGUUUGUCUGACAGGGAACUGGCAGGUGUUUAAAGGUUCGACUCGAGCCUGAACACAAGAAAUUAAGGAUGAACCUCAGCUGAGAUUCAGUGAGAAUGCAAAUCAUGAAAAUUCAGCCUCGAACGUUUGGCGAGCUCGCAGACUUGGACCGAAAGGCAGCAUAUAACAUAUUUCCUGCUCUCUGUUUGGUUCUCUCUGGACCCUUCGGCCUUGUUUACUGUCAGUAACACAAACCAGACGCACUCACUGUGUGGGACCUACCACAAUUAACCCCCGGGUGACUGUAAUGUAUAUUUAAACGCACAUUUUGUGUCAGGGGCGCCAUUACAGGGAGGUUUGCUGCAGAAAUGCCACAAUUAUGGGAGGUAAACAUCCUCAGGAGGUUUUUGAAGAAUAGCCAAUUUACAAGAAAGAAACUUUGUGUUUUCACUUUAAAUCUCUCAUAAGAAAGGUAUUUUUGCAUAAAAACAUGACAAACAAGAACUGAGAGCCGUUUUUUCUUCCUAUUCCCAUGUCCAAGGCUAUUUUGAUAACUUCUUAUUAAGGCUUGUCCGUUUUGGAGGACUUUGGAUGUUUGGACCAGGCUUAAAGCCAGACUCCAGCACAUUCAGCUGAAGUGCUCUUGGUUUCUGAAGGCUCACUGCUGGACCUGCUCGCCUUCUAAUUAUCUCCAAAGUCAGAGGCCAUGCUGGUGUGACGCCCUGUGAGGACAGCUGUGUGAAACGCCGCCUUUAAGGACACGACAUUGGCCUUUGCAGGUUGCUUUUAUGAUCCGGCUCUGCAGCAGGACACUCUGUGACUCUCCGACUGUUUUGUCAGACUCUGUAAUUGUGCGUCUGUAUCCAGUGAAGGCUUUGUGCAGCAGAGAGAAACCUCCAUAUGUCCCGGUUUGCAAAAAUCACUCUUCAUCUGCCGGAUAAGAAAAAAAAUCACACUUCAAGUCGUGAUAGAAACAUGUCUCUGUGUGAGACUGAGUGUGCUUGGCUGACUAAGAAAGGCUCAUUGAUGGUCGUCGCUGAAUGGAGGGAUUGUGAUUUGGACUGAAAGGACCUCAGUCUGAGCUCCACAGGGUCUCAUCUACUUCUGGUCGGCUCCACUCACCGCUUUUUAACCUUAAAACUCUCCAAACACAAACAUUUAGGCGUUUUUUUCUUUGCCUUCAACACGCUGACUCUGCCUCCUUAAUAUCCAGGAUGUGCAAAACCUCCAUAUAGAUCACAUUUGACCUCGACUGAGUGGUCGUUUCCUCCUCUGAAACUGCUGCCAGGAUGAAAACACACCACGAGAGAGCAGGCUGGAGGAUCCUAUUUUAAGGCCCUCUUUAAUUUAGGAAGCAACAUCCUCUCUCUGUGAUGGUUUCUUUAUUUUUGGCCGGUCUGAUCCCUCAUUCUGGAUCUGUAGGUCGAUCAGGAUUCAAACCACUUCUCUCGAUAGAUUUGUGCUGAACUUCCCCAUCUUGGUGUGUUUACUCCUCUCAGGAAAUACCAACAGCUUCGUGAAAAAGUAGCGUAGUAGAGCCGUGGACCUAACUUCUGAUCCUGAUUUAAGACACUGGAAAUGAUACCUGCAAAGGCACUCUGGGGACUUUGAGCGACUGCAGAGAACCAAGCCAGAAACCUGGGAGUAACCUUCGAUUCAGACCUCACCUUCUCCACCCAUAUCCAUAAGGUUGUCCAGUCCUGUUUCCUUCACCUGUGUUCUACUGCAAAGAUUAAACAGAUACUCACCCCACCAUAUCUCGAAAAGAUAAUCCACACCUUCAUUUUCUUAAGACUUGACUAUUGUAACUCUCUCCUCCCUCUCUCCCGCCUUCAACUAGUUCAGAAUGCAGCAGCUCGGCUUUUAACUGGUUUUAGUCGACGGCAUCACAUCACUCCAAUUUUAACCUCCUCCUGGUUGUUCCAAAGUCGAGGCUCAAAACUAAAGGUGAUCGAUCUUUCUCCAUCAGAGCUCCUCGACUUUGGAACGACCUGCCAGAGGAGCUGAGGCGUGCAGAGACAGUCGCUUCUUUUAAGUCAAUUUUAAAAACUCACUUUUACAGACUUGCUUUUAUGUGACACCGUCUUUAACCUUUUUUCUCCUCUUUCUUUUAUCUCUUUUACCUCUCUUAUUUCGACUUGCUAUCCUUUGAGCCUUUGUUUUACUUAUAAUCUUUUCUUAUUUUACCUCUUAGGUCCUUCAUUGAUUUUAAUAUUUUUUAUUAUUCCAUUUUAUCAUUUAUAUUACCAUCAUUAUUAUUUUAUUAUGAUUUUAUUAUUAUUAUUAAUAUCCUCUUUUAUACACCGAUUCGGGUGAGCGGUUUGUGUACACCGCCAUCUUGUGGCGGCGUGCGACGUCACGAAGUUGUCAUGCUAUCAACAAAUAAACGUAUGCUAGUAAAUAGUGUCUGAGACCUGGUUUGACGAUGUCAUACAGUGGCCUCCGGUUACUGAUGAAGGUAUCUUAAAUUAAUACCGAUAUUAAUUUGGGAAUUAAUAAGAUGAAAAGUAUGAAGUAUUUCAUUGUGAAAUACUGAAGUAGGAGGAGAUGUGUGUGUAAACACUGGCUAGGCUACAUUUAUACUGACCCUCGCAAGCUAACAGGCAAUUGAUCAUUAUGUACAAGCCUACGUGAUUAAAAAAUAAUGUAGGAAUUAAAUAUUUGUUUCGUGGGCUAUCAGUGUUAUGCCGAGAAAUGCAUGCCUGCCAAGAUCUAAAUGCGGGGCGUGGGAUCGCGCACAACUAAGAACUGAAUGGAUGUUACAUUAGCUCAGCUCUUAGCAACAUGGACUGUCUUCUUUCAGUAACGGCAUGUGCGUCUCACAUAUCGACUUUUUCCACAACUGUAGUCUUUUACUGUUGUUGUAACAGCCGAUGACGGCACACGUCCUCCCAGACUGUCUUGACGUAGUUGUGCAGGGUUGCUUGUGUCGCUGCUCGCUGCGUACAGCACUGCUUCUCGUUCGCUUCGCGCACACCGCAGUAAUGGCGGCCGUACUACUUCCGGUCAUUUCGCCGAAUCAGUGUAUACUUACUAGCCGGUUAGCUGCUUUCUGCCCCCCUUUUCUAUUUCAUUUCUUCUUCUUACCUAUUUUAUGUUUUUCUUUUGGUCCUCAUGGUCCCAUUUUAUGUUGUAGGGUUGUUGUAUUGUCUUGGUUUCUUAUGAAAAAUGAAAUUGGCCUUCAAUUCAGAGGCCUUGUUUUUAGGUGCUAUAUAAAUAAAGUUAUUAUUAUUAUUACUGUAAAACGCACCUUUAGCUGCGCUCUCCGGGCCGAAUCCGACCCCCGCUCGGAGACUAAUCCUUGUGUUAUUGUCCGCUGGUGUCCAUUUUAAAAAAUGUCACCACCACUCCUCUAAAGACGCUCCCCUUUGCAUUCUUCGGUCUAACUUUACUUGAAUGUGAUACUUGAGACCUCCCUUGUGCAUGCACGCAGGCUUACUGUAGUCGCUCAAGAGGGGUUUGCUAAAAUUGAAGGAAAUUGGAGUCUGUCUUCGUCUAAUUGAGCCCAUCUUGGACAACAUGACCUAUUGCACCGAGAUUUGCAAAAAGAAUUCUCAACAUAACUUUGUGCUUGAAGAAAAGGAAAGACUGAUUUUGUCCCUAUUUUCUUCGUUCCUUUCUUCACAUUCUCCUGAAGUGCUCUCCUUUUUCUGUCUCAGCAUGUGCUUUGUGUUUUCUGGGUCAUAUGGUAAAGCUCCUGCAUCCCCCUCUGAGCCAAAUUCUGCAGAAAUUGGACUUUUCGUUGUUGAACUUGGAGAUUUCACGCAGAAGUUUCCAUGCAAUCUUUCAAUAACACCAUGGUAGAGGUUCGAACUGUGAGUAUAUUUGUGGUUAAAGCCAAAAGGAAGGGUGGGAGUCUUUAGGAGUAAGACAUCUUUGGUAUCCGUUUGUUUCUAAGCCUCACUACUCUCGAGUCCUCUCCCACUCCCUCUUCUCCUCCCGUAACCUUCCUUAAACCGAGAUUACCGCCACCAAGAACCGGAUCUUCUGCAAACUCUUAACCGCGGCGUCUGUCACUUUCCCUGCCUCUCUAAUCGGGCCGGUUCAUGUUAGUUUUUCUCAAAGCGCCGCUGUCGUGAGAGUAUGUGAGUCCAGGCUGACCACACAGAAACAGAUGGACACACACGGUAGCCAGAUGGUGACAGACUUGGCUCACACUUAAGGCUUGCGUUGCUCUGAUUCUUCUCGACACUCGUUGCUUUCACAACUUUUUCACACUAUAAUACAGCGUCAGUUUUAGCUCGCUUGAUUUGGACUCAGAUUAGUUUUUUCCAGAUCAGUUUAAACGCUCGAUUCAAUCCCAUAUGAGAUGUUUUGGAUAGUGAUAAAGGGGUACUGCAGGCCCAGUGGUCUGCAGGCCUCAAGUGGACCGCUGAUCACGCAGAUCAGCACCUGCUUCUCCCGGUCUCAAGGUGCAUAUAGAGUGAAUGUUUUGACUACAAGUGAGGCAUGAAAAUCAGAUAUGCUGAUAGACAAAAUCUGCUUGUGAGCGCCUGUCAGAGAAGGAAUGUGCAUCUUGGCUUUCUUGCUUCCAUUUCUGCUCCUUUUUAAGUCUAAUGUCGUCUUCUCUCUUUCAGCAACGCUCCCCUGGCAAAGUUCUGUUCGACCUCAUCUGCGUCCACCUCAACCUGGCAGAGGGAGACUACUUUGGGCUGGAGUACCAAGACCACCGAAAGAUGACGGUAAGAGAUGCUAACACACACAUCCUUCUCUCCACCCUCAUCUUUUUUUGAUUCAAGCCUCCACCUGGACUCGGUUAUUCCACGUGUUUCAUGACGGAGCAGCUGGUUGUAAUAAUUUGCACACUUGCUGUACUUUCCAAGGGCGUGUCUGCAGAUUGCAGAUGCCGCGUUAAAAACCCAGUAAGACACUCUGCUCCACACGCAGACCUUCACUGUGCUUCUCAGAGCCCGGGGCGGAAGAGCAGCAGCAGCUUUGAAGCGGAUCGAUAGAACAGAUGAAGUAAUGCUGACGAAACGGCGACAGCCCACGAACACGGGAAGAUUCAGACCCACUCUGCAAUGAAAGCAGCCGUAAAUCAAACAGAUGACUGCGUGUUUCUGCUCUUGUUUGUUAGUGAGCGUGGAUUUUUGCUUGCAUCACAGUUUUAUGCAUUCAUGUUGCCAUACUAGAUUUAUAAACUCGCCAUAAAACGGGCGCUUACAUCCCAAUACAGCCAUGGAUGCUGCUUCUUGCUAGAGCUGUUUCCAUGGUUUCCAAAAAAAAAAAGUCAAUUUUAGUUCAACAGACCGCAGGACAGUUUCCAACUCACCUCAGUCCAUCUUAAAGAGGCUCUGGAGAAGUUUGCAUCGUUGUUAGAUCAUGCAGACACAAACUAUGUUCAUGGAUGAUGGUUUUGAGCCCAUGCGGUGACUCCCACUACAGAGUCAUGUCUUUUUUUUUUGUCCCUUUUGUGCAUUUUUUAAUGAUUCUAUCCAGAUUCUGACUUUAGAAACACAGACAAAAACAAACGCUUGAGUUUAAAGACCCACUCCGAUGAAAAUCAUGUUUUUCUUGUUGUCUACAUGUUCACACGGCAUUUUUCUGAUACUACAGGACAUGUCAUGAGAAAAAGAGUGUGAAAUUGCAUUUAUGACUAUUUCUGCAUUCAAAUUGCUGUAAAAUCGGAGAAGUAGAGAGGAUGAUCACGGAGCAAACUGUGUGCGUUAGCGGACUGCAAUGCUCGUAAGAAAGCUAAAUAUGACAUUAGCUUUCAUCAUGUCCCCAAAGACAUUAGUGUCUGAGAGCUGAAUAGCUCCUAUGUUACCUGUUUCUUCAACUACACCGGUGAUGUUGUGCUGCAAGCUAACUCGAGGAGAAGUGUGCAGAGCAGCGCUGUCUGUGCCCACGACUCAGAGACGAAUUACUAAUGAUCUACUGGAGCUCUGCAGAAGAAAAGCCCUUAAAAAUGAAACAGAUAACAUGAUUUUGGCUAAAAAACGUCAUAAUCACAGUUUAAAGACCGCUGAGAACACUUUAAGUCGUAAAAAAAUAAAACUAUCGGAGUGGGACUUAAAAGGAAGAGCCUUUGUUUACGGUUUGAAACCCAAAUCAGCUAAAAUUAUAAUGCGGCCGCAUUAGCAGUCAUGCUUUUAUGCCAGAGUGCUGCAGUAAGUUAUGAAUUCAGCUUGUGAAAAAGGGAACAAAAGGAACAAAAGGUGUUUUUUUCUGUGCAGAUUCAAGGAGAAGCUCCCCGAGUAGCUUGAGUGAGUUAUGUGAGACUGAAAAUGUGCUUUCUCCUCUGUAGGUAUGGCUGGACCUGCUGAAGCCGACACUGAAGCAGAUUCGACGUAAGUAUGACACAAAUGUCGUUUCCUCUUCGUGUCUUACAACACCCUGCUGUUAGGGUUAAAGCCUUCAUGCUGAAAAGUAUAAUUCUGCUAUUAAAAAGUCAUCCUGUUCUUGACGAAAGUAUACAUUUCUCUCUCUUUCUGUGUAACCAUAUCCUUUCCUUUCCCUCCCUCAGGGCCUAAAAACACCAUCCUUCGUUUUGUGGUCAAGUUCUUCCCUCCUGACCACACACAGCUCUUGGAGGAGCUGACUCGGUAGGUCUUCUCGGCGCUGAAAACCACACCUAUCCUUUCUUAUUUAAAGACGUGUUGUUUUGCUGUUGGUUCUCCGUGUUUUCAGUCCUUCGGGAGGGUUUUUACAGCUGUGUUUGCAUCUGUCCGACAGAGACUCGCCAUUUUUAACACUUCUGUACCCACAUGCUGUAAAACCAACGAGUUAGUUCGUCCUGUCUGGACCAGAGCGAGUGAAUCAGGGCAUCGCUCAGCUUGAACAUAAAUAGAAGCAUGAUUAGACCCUCGAAAUUUUCCCAGAAUGCUGCAGCUCGCUCUCAACUGCCCAGCUGGAAUCACUUGAGACGAGAGCUAAGCAGGAAGCGAGCAAAGUGCCUCUCUAAUGUGAGAUUGAAUAAAGUCAUAAUCCUAAAGAUCAAGAUCCAAAUCCCGUUUCUGACGCUCUUUGAAGUCUGAGAUCUUAUUAUAUUCAAAUUGCAAAAUUUAAGGCCUUUAUUGACCAAACUCUUUAACUGCAACCCGCCAAAAAAGUUGGUUUUGACUCUUACAAUGAAAAAAAGUCGAUCACUAAUCAGGAUUUUGGGUUUGCACAUGAGGUGGCCAAACAAACAUGAGGGCACGCCACCCCUGGCUUCCCUUCUAGACACGCCCCUGCUGCACCCGUGACUCAAAUGCAUCAAUUACUGCCAGACUUCUUCAUGAAAACAAUGAGUUUGUUUGGCUGUGUUGUUCUUCUGUUGUGUUAACUGCUUGAACAGUUUGUCACAUUCAAACCAGAUAAGUUUAUUGAACCGUUCGGGACUUCAUUUGUGUGACAGGAUAAAAGAACCACAAAUUACCACAAAUAAAGCAAAGAAAAGUACAAUCCUAAACUCUAACUGCACCGCAAGAGAGUAAUCAUCACUUUGAAAUGCUUUACAAACUCCCUCUGACAUAUUUCGGCCUCUCAGACGGCCGGUUUACUCCACUGAUCUCAUUUUGUCUUAAAGUGAGCCAGCUGACUCCACAUUAAACAGGAAGUGGGCACACAGCCUUAAUUUCCUUUGUUUGGCCUGCAUAGCUUCUCUCUGUGCUUCCUUUGAUGGAUAAUGUGGGCAUGGACGGACCAAUUAUGUCCACGGAGAGAUUGGAAGAAAGAUUUCUUUGAUUAUAUCAGGCUGAAUUAGCCUUUUCAUUAAGAACAGAGCAUUUGCAAAUUAGGUCUUCUCCAUUAUGUUGAAGUUGAGAUCUUAUUUUUUUACGUCAAAGUGCCCUGUAACGAAAUAUCUCCUAGCAAAUACAAUUUACAUAAUGCAUUUGACUCCAAAUUGCUGCAGCCAUUUUAAACAUGGCUGUAAUAAAAGAUAUGAAAACUCACCAAACCUCAUUAACUUUUCAAGAGAUAAUCGUGUAGCAUAAAAAGGUCGAAUUAAAUCUGCUGCGGACCAUUAAUCCCUCCCCCUGUAUACACACAUAAAUGCUCUCUAAUGUACGGCUGGCAGCUAGUCCUCUAUUUGUCCUCAAACAGCAAGAAAACAGAGGCAGGAUUAGCCAAACUCUGUAUUUAUAUGGGCUUCAAUUAGAGGAAAUUUGAAUAGGCUUUGGUUCACUUUCUUUUUUUCAUUGACUGAUUGUGUUUCCUCCCUAAAUUAGAGAUUCAUAUAUGGUCGGUAAAUGCAACCUCUGAGCAUGUUUGUACAGAUAAACAGCCAGUGAAUUUUUCCAUUUAUAAAGACUCCAUUAACCUCCUCAUUUAAUUGCUUCCAGUCUGUUCUCCCACACUGUCUGAAAUCUCUGUCUGCCUCAUCUCUUAUCCCCGUCUCCUCUCUUUCUUCCUCCUCCAGGUAUCUGUUCGCCCUGCAGAUAAAACGUGACCUGGCCUGCGGUCGUCUCAUCUGUAAUGACACCAGCGCCGCCCUCAUGGUCUCCCAUAUCAUACAGUGUAAGUGCAGCACAGAGAUCCGGUUAGGGUGGCAGGAUUUGAUAGAUUUUUGAUCCACCAUCCUGUUAAUUUGAGGAUAAACUUGUCAGAUUUAAGGUCCUUACACACCGGGAACGACGCAAAUAUACGGCACGAAAUUACGAAAUAUUCAGAUGUAUUGACAGGAUACAGGUUCUAAAAAAAAAUAUUGACGUCCGAAAUAAUCGCCCGAAAAAAACGAUCCCGGUGUGAAAGGACCUUUAUUCAUUAUAAAAGUUUCAGAAGAAUUUCAUCAGAGCAGAUGGCUGAUUAGAACAUCUUAGAUAUUUAUAUUAGGAGAUUGGACUUGGACUCAACUCUGAAUCAACUCUGACACUACACACGUUUAAUCCAAACUUGAUUUGGGAUGGACGCAGAAUGACAGGGACUAGAUUGGAAUUCAUCUUCUGUAAUUUGGAUUUGACCCCAAAACUACUGGGACUCUAGCUAACUCAGAUUUGUACUUGGACUGGACUCAGAAUUCCCUUAGUUUUGAUUUGGACUUGACAUAAAAAUCAACUCAGAUUUAACUUGGACCAGACUUGAAUUUGGACUCAAAUCAGUUUCGACUCAGUCUCAAUUUGGACUUGACUCAGAUUCAAUCUUAAUUGGACUUGAUUUGGACUCAGUGCAAUAUAGCAUGUAAAGUAAAGGAGGUUGACUGAUUAUUGGCCCAUUAUCGGGUGGAUACUCAGCUUUGACUGAUUAUCUGUAUCGGCUUUCAGUUUUGGAGAUUAAAUUUUGUUCGUUCAAAAUAUUGAUUAAUGCUCUUAUGUUCGAUAAUUAUCUUUAUCGGUAUCGGCUCUGAAAAGCCGAGAUCAGUCAACAUCCAAGUCCUAUGCUGCGUUUGAGUUACCUUGGAAGUCGGAUGUCAGAGCUGAAAAUGACAUCACACCCAAGUUACCUGCGUUUCAGUUACCAAGGAGGCGGAAAGAAGAUGGCUACAUCUACGAAGGUUAUUUUAGCAUCCCCGUUCGUAGAUGUAGCCAUCUUGUUUCCGCCUCCGAUUUUGCUUUUUUCCGACUUGGUAACUGAACGGCUGGUAACUCUGGUGUGAUGUCAUUCCCAGCUCCGACAUCCGACUUCUGAGGUAACUGGAACGCAGCAUAAAGCCACGGACCUUAUAAAAGUACACUCAUGUCUCCAUGGCAACAAUAAAAAAAAUUCUGCAUUCUGAGGGCAGACGUUUUAAAUUUAUCACAUCUGAAGAGGGUUUCACUCUCACUGUGGGAUCCAGUAGAAAGAGAAAAAGGCCGAAUGCUCGGUUUGUGUGUAAGUCCAUAAAUCACCCGGCGUACAAACACAUGACAGAUACUCCCUUCGGGGGGAUUUCAGCAGCAUUUACUCGCUCCGGCUUGUGUGCCCGUAGCUCAGAUUUAAACCAGCCGGUAAAAAUAAGCAAAGAAACCAUCAAAUUUGGCAUCAAUUUAAAACAAAACAGGAUUUGGAAUAAGACCAGAGGGAAGCGGAUCAGUCAGGUCUGUCCGCUGUAACAUCAUUCAUGACGUUUGAGUUCAAUGCAAGAGCUUGUCCACAGCUACCUGUUAUUAUCCUGCACCCUAUGUGGAGGAUGUGGGAUUUAUAGAUUCAAUUCAGUCGUGCAGACAGCAGCCGGCUUCAGCCCAGCAUGCUAAAGAAUAUUGCUCGGUUGCCGUGGUAACUGCCACUGCUGCGCCUGUUUUUUGCACCUGCGGGUGGUACACAAUGAUUGUUGCUGGUUUCGGACAGAUGGAGUCCCACGCAUCAGUACACCUCACCUGAUUUACAGUAGAAGAAAAACCUGUAAGAGAAAAAAAGACGCGACAACAUAAGCCCCACAGUUUUCAAUCUGUUACUCUGUCUUGUGUUUUCUCAUUAGGCUGAAUAAAUAAUAAAUCACCCUCUCCUUCUUGUGCCCCCUCUAUCAGCUGAGAUCGGGGAUUUUGAUGAGACCCAGAGCUGGCAGCACCUCCUCCACAACAAAUAUCUGCCUGACCAGGACGCGAUCAGAGAUAAGAUCACCGACUGCCACCGCAAGCAUGUGUAAGUCGUCACCUGCAUGAACACACAUGCUUUCACCGUAUGCCCUCUAAAGGUCCUUACACAGUGGGAGUGUUUUUUUCGUGCAAUUAUUUCAGACGUCAUUUUGUUUUUCGAACCCAUAUCCUGUUAAUACAAGCGUUCACAUCAGUUUCAUUGCAGCAUUAAUUUUUUCGUAUAACGGUCAAAUUUUCUAAACUUUCGCAUACUACGUCGACGUCAGAUUCACCGGUAGAUAUAACAUGGCUGACCGGCUGAUUGUUUACGUGUCGGAGAACAGAGUGCUUUUUGAUAAAAGACACAAGUAUUACAAAGAUAACGACCUGAAGGGAUGCGUCUUUUUUCCCCCCGGAAAGUCGCAAAAUCGCACUUGAUGUGUAUAGUCAGGAGCGUCAAAAUUCACCUCCGAAUAUUUCGUAAUUUCGUGUCGCAUAUUUGCGUCGUUCCCUGUGUGUAAGGACCUUAAGCAUUAUGUGAUAGAAGAUAGAAACCAGGGUGCAUUAUACAUAUAUUAAUGAUGUGUUAUAAUUUGCUUAUAAACUUGUAUAACUAUCAUUAUAAACACUCAUUAAUUAUCAUAAAGCUUUAUAACAAUAAGCAUAACACGUUAUAAUACCUGACCUUGUAAUUCAUGAUGAAAUGCUUUAUAAUGUGUUGUGAUUAUUGCUAUAAAGCAUUAUGAUCAUUUAUGAGUGUUUAUAACUAUAGUUAUAUAGUGCUAUAACGUGAUUGUAACACAUUAUACAUAUAUUUAUAAUGAGAGAGAGGCGUCAAGUAAAGGGUUACCUUGUUUUAUUAUUCUAAUAAAAAUGUAAUAUAUUUUUGUACACUUGGAGAAAAUUUGAAAAAUUUACACUCAUUGGCGAGCAUUGUUUUUUUACUUUGCAAUGCACCCUGGGAAAUGAAUGCGUAACAGACUAAUGCAAGCGAAGAAGUCAGGGAAGGAAAUUAGAGUGACCCUGAGUGCACUAAAAAGUAUUUAUCAAUAUGUCUUAUUAUAAAGGGGACUUUUUAAGGGCCUGUGUGCACUUUUUAAAACACAGAAACCACUUCUGUUUGGAGCAUUACAAUGAGAAAGCGUUUCUUAAAUUAAAAUAUCAUACAAAAUUAGAAAAACAGCUGCAGUUUCACAAGAAAUCGUCUCAUUUAUGCUUCAAAGUAAGAUUUAAUGAGCUAUAAUAUGGACUCUAUGUGGAGUCAAUCAAAUCAGACUUCCAGCGUUAAACUCUGCAGGUAAAUUAUUCAGUGCAGUGAAGCUCAAACAACCAAGAGAAGUGAAACUAAAGGAGGUCAAAGGGGCGGCAUUGUUUUCCAGAAAAUAGCUCUCCAAGAUUAUCCCUGCUUGGAAAAACAAUGCUGAGCCGAGCUUAAGUCUGACUGGAGAUCAGUCUGUGUUUGUCAUUCAUCUUUGAAGAAACAGAUUGGACAUUUAAACACACUUCCACACUUGAGAUAUUUAUCUGUUUAACCUCAAACACGCCCAUUUCACCAAACCUUUACUGUAAGCCUCCCCUGCAGAGAUGUUUAUCUGUUUCGGCACGCCACUUUGCACUCCCCUCAUGCCCCUGUGGGAUCACACGUUCACACAGCACACCUCAUUUACAUGAAAGCUGUGAUCCCCCCCCCAUCUGCUGCUGUUUGCAAACACAUGAAAAAACAGUGUUUGGUUUUUGUAUGAUUUAAAUACCGCAAGAAAAAAACUAAUUUAACCGCAUUUACCAGCUUACAAAACCACACCACUUCCUCACAAGUCGGUUAUUUGUCAUUCUUACACCACAUCCUCACACUCCGGACUCCCUCACCCUCUUCCCUUCAACCCUUUAACCACCCUCCAACCCGACGCAGGAAGGAAGUGGCUAAUUCAGCAGCUUAUACAGGAAACAGGAAGUUAUUUUCAGAUUUGUGAGGAAACAAACUUAUUUUACAGCAGAUGUUUUUUUUUUACUCUUGAGGGUGCUGCCAUCUGAUACCGCGGUGGAUUUCAAGACUGUUUGUUGUUUCUACACACAUACAUCUAGAUUAGGAACCUGGACUGGGACGCGUCUAACAUCUGGAACAAACAAUCAACCGUAGCACCACUUUGUCAGAACUGAUUUUCCGAAAUGUGUCAAAAUAAACCUCAUAAUCACUUCCCACCAAUAAUAGUUUAUUGAUAGAUUAACUGGUUUAUUAUUUCCCUCAUAGCGGGCAAACCCCUGCUGAGUCAGACUACCAGCUCUUGGAAAUCGCAAGACGCUUGGAGAUGUACGGCAUCCGUCUGCACCCUGCGAAAGACCGGGAAGGGACUAAGCUCAGUCUGGCUGUGGCGCACACUGGAGUGCUGGUUUUCCAGGUGAAUUCACACACACACGCACGCACACACAUAAGAUUCAACAGCUUAUCUUUAAAGUGCUUCUCUGACAUUUGAGAUGUUCAGAGUUGAAGGUAUGAGUUUUGGAUUCCUGAGAUGUUUUCUUGAAGGUGGUGAUUUGUCAUAUUCUGGGGGACUAUUUCCUUAAUUCCUGCUGCUCAGUUCAGUGAUUGACCUCAUUGUUUCUAUAUGAAUCAUCGUACAGACGUUCUCAGAGACAAAAACCUCUUAACGUGUGUUUUGAUUGAAGUCUAUGGAAGUUUAUGUUUGUACUUUGUGGGUAUGAAAAAUGUAACGAUCCGUGCUUUAAAUCUUCUUAUUCUGUUUUUGGCCUUUUUUGAGUGGUUAAAACAGUGGCUAGAGGAGAAAAUGGGUUUAAAAAGCAGGGAGUGGGAUGUGUUAAAGACACCGGGGGCAGGAAUUAAACCCAGACUGUCCAUUUGAGACAUAACCUCCAUAUGUGGGGUGCACACUAGAGUGUUUAUGAGUAAGGGGCUGUGUCCACUGACUGUAUUCAGCAUCAAAUGUGCUAAAGCAUCGAACCACAUUUGUCGCACUUGAAGUUGACAAAUAGUUUACUGCAAAAAUAUUAUUCAUAAGUAAAUAACAAAGACUAAAUACAUAUAUAGACAUAGGGCAAGGUGUUGUGCCGCAUUCAGUCCGGGGCAUGCGGGGGUUGGGGUGGGGGUCUGGGGGCCUAGGGGGAUGCAGGCGGGUCUCGCGCGAGUGGGAAGGGACCAGAGGUGGUCCACAAAUUCCUUCCUUCUUCUUCUUCUUCUUCUUCUUAUUAUUAUUAUUACUAUUAUUGUUGUUAUUAUUAUUAUUAUUAUUAUUAUUAUUAUUAUUAUUGAUAUUAUUAUUAUUAUUAUUGAUAUAUUUCGUGUAGUAUAAUUUUCUUUUUCUUUUGCUUGUCUGACAAUUGUAAUAUUUAUUUAUUUUUUUCUUUUUCAUUAUUAUUCACAUAUAUAAUACACACACACCACACAAACACACACACACACAAAACCACAAAUGCCAUUGUUUGUUGUAUGUCUUGUAUUGUCACACUGUACAAAUAAAAAAAUAUAUAUAUAUAUAUAUUAUUCAUCGUUUCAUAAUGUCUCUUCCUUUGUUUAGGGUUACACAAAAAUUAACGCUUUCAACUGGUCCAAGAUCCGGAAACUGAGCUUCAAACGCAAAAGAUUCCUGAUCAAGCUGCGAGCAGAUCCGGCUGUAAGUCUGCAUCACUCGUCUUUCCACUUUAUGUGUCUGAUAUGAUCUUUCCAUUCAUGCUAAAGAAUUUCUUUACUUCUUGCAGCAGAGUGCCCACCACGACACGCUGGAGUUCACCAUGGCCAGCAGGGAUUGCUGUAAGAUCUUCUGGAAGAUCUGCGUGGAGUACCACGCCUUCUUCCGGCUCUUCGAGGAACCUAAGCCCAAACCUAAACCCAUCCUCUUCACCAGAGGAUCCUCCUUCCGCUUCAGGUGAGAAGGGGACAGAAAAAGGAGGAAAUGUUGGCCAUUUAUUUGAUUUAAAUAUGUGUUUUUAAUCAUUAAAUUUUCUUGUCUCGCAGCGGUCGAACCCAGAAGCAGAUCAUCGACUAUGUGAAAGACUCUGAGCUCAAAAAGGUUCCAUUCGAAAGGUGAAAUUCCCUCAUUUGUCGAAAUGUCUUUAACAGCAGAAACAAGUAUUUAUGGUUGAGAUUGAACUUUGUUUUUAUUCUUCCUUUACUUCAGGAAGCACAGUAAGAUCCUGUCCAGUGUCGGCAUGUCUCCUCAGUCAUCUUCCUUCAGGUCACAAGUGCCGAAAGAGGUGAAACACUCUGAACACUAAAUAUACACUACAGGGAUUUGUUUUGAACAGUCGGUCCAAAGUAACGUUGAAAGUCAUUUGAAAGGCAUCUUGACUGUUUCCUUUGUUGUCCCGUUUCCUCCUUCCUAGAGUGCCAUGUCUGUCCAAUUAGCGGACUACCCUGACUCAUCCAGACUGGUCUAUCAAGCCGCAUCCAACGGUUCCGAGGAGCCACCGGCCGCCACAUCCUCCGCCAAUGGCUUCCACGAUGCUGACCCAGCUCAAUCCAGCCAGAACCACAACGGCACGGGGACGGCGCCAGAUCCACAGUUCCUCAACCCAGGUCCAUCCUGCAGGGCAAACAAAGGCAGCAGCUCGUCUAUUCCUUACAUAGACUGCAGCGACAUAGACAGUGAAUGUGAUGUGGGGAAGAACAACAGGGCCUCCAGGGGCCACAGCAAUGCAAACGACAGCAAUGCGGAUGAGUCUAGUGUGUACGAUAGAAACCAAAAUGGAGGUAGUCAUCGCAAUGGGGGGCAAAAUGGAGGGUUAUUUGGGUCUGUAAAUGGUUUCUACCAUACCAAUCACCAGGGGCUUAUGCAGCAGCAUCAACAGCAGGGCAUGAAUGGGCACCAGCAACAGCAGCAGCAAGGUAUUCUGGGAAACAGAGGCACUGUAAAUCAGGCCAAUAAGUUUAAUGGAAGCCACGAGUUGACAGAUGAUGAAAUUCUAUCCAAUGGCGGUUCCAUUCAUGGCCGCCUCCCUCUCCACAGCACACUCCUGGAUGAGAUUUUCCAAGGUCGAGACAAGCGCGUCGUAGCAGUAGGGCGACCAUUGGGAACGGGAACUCGUAGUCAGUGCUCGAGUCCAGUGAUCAGCAGCUUUCACCACCGGACAAAUUCCUUAAGUCACGCCGAGAUGACAAACGGGCACGGGCAGCAGCAUCCAGCCCCGCGCUGGGAUGACGGCGGGCAUUAUUUCAGCAAGCGCCCUGGUGGUGGCCAAGUGGAAAAUCCCACCAUACCGGUGUCAUCCCAUCCACCAAACCAUUACGGUAGCUACUCCCCGAUCAUCGCGAACCGAACUCCGCUACAUUUCGCCAAACCGUACAACAACAACAACAUGAGAAACCGCUCAGAUACUGAUCCGUUCAUCCUCAGCGGGAUGACUUCAACCCCCAUCAAACACCAUGACCCCCAUCGCACUGGGUUGCACGGCCAAACUCCGGGUUCUGCGCCAAUUGAGCGGCGAAUGAUUAUAACUAACGGCAACCACCACGGCAAUCUCAUUGUUCCUGGUCAGGCGCGUUCUAACACGGUUCAGCGCAUGUACGGCCGCCAAGGAAAACCAGGUCAUAACAACAACCAAAACCAGCCGGUCCAAAUGAUCGACGGUUCCACUAGCAGCGGCACCGAAUCCAGCGAUACGGAAUCAGAUACAGGAAGCAGCGCGUACAGCCAGCCGUUAAUGUACGGGAACCCCGUCGCGGUGAGUUCCAUGAAUUCCGUGAACUCUAAUGGCGUGAACUCGUCACCGAUGCCUCGUAAUAAGUUCAGCUUCGGGAGUCUGCAGCUGGAGGAGGGGGAGGAUGGAGAAGGGGAAGAGGAGGAGGUGUGCUAUCAGUUUAAUGAGGAAGGAGUGACAGGGAGGGUUUUCAGCUGCUGAGGGUUACGAUACUGAACUCAAACAUCAAAUUACUCCUCUUAUGUAAAUAGAUCAAUAACAAUUAAGGCUGGUUUUGCUUCAACUCCUGCCAUUAAUGAGGACUGUAAACUCUCUAUUAACAGUCGAUGAUGAUUAUAGAAGUACACAACUGUGAAUUAUAAUACUUGUAGACAUAGUCUUAGUCUGACAUACAUUUUUGUACAGGUUUUAACACAUUUUUAGAGUAUGCUGACUCACAUUUUUCACAUUUUGUAGGUUUUCUACUCGUGCUCUGAAGUUCCAGUUGUACUCUUUGGUGAUUUAAUAACAAGGCUACUCUUCUUGCACUUCAAAUUUGUAGUGAAUUUUGUAUGCAAACUUUGACAGCUGGAUUAGGUGUAAAGUUCGGCUGGCUGUUUGACAAAGGGAGAAUCAAUGGAGGCACUGCAAAACCGGCAAGUAGGGAUUUCCAGAUCCUGAUUACGACUACAGAUUUAUUGACUUAAUUGGGAUUGGCAAUUUGAGCAGGUCAUCUCACCCUGAUCCUACCUCUGCUUUUGUAAUCUAAUAAGGCAUUAACAACCCUCAAAAACUGCAGAGUGAGUAUUUGAAACUAGAAAACAGUCUUGAGAGCCACUUGCAAGACAUGAAUUUAAAUACUUUUGCAAGGCUGUGGCAGUAGAGCCAUGUUCGACACUACCAACUUAAUAAAACACCUGAAAACUAAACAAGUAAUGGAAUUAAGGUGUGUUCAACAAAGUGACAGAGCUCCUGUGCCAAACUAGCAAACUGGACUAGUGAGAGGAAGGAUAAAGAUCCUCGAGAGGGCAGAAAGAUCUUACAGAGCUAGUUGACAUCGCUUUUGAGAGCCAGCUCAUUUUCGUGAUAGAGAAUACUGGUUCCAUCGUGUUUUGGAUAGCUUUUGGACUCAAAAUAAGAUAUCGGUAUCAAUAUCUUUAUCACUAUUGGUAUCAAUAUCAGCAUCAGAAUCUGUUUUAAUAUCAGUAUCUGUAUCAGUCUUGAAAUCAGUAUUGGUAUUGGUGUCGAUAUCCCUAUCGGUAUUGGUAUCAGUAUCAAUAUCAGUUUCAGUGUCAGUGUUAAUGUCAAUGUUGGAAUCAGUAUCGGUAAUUGGUGUCAAUAUCCCUAUCGGUAUUGCUAUCAGUAUCAAUAUCAGUGUUGAUAUCAAUGUUGGAAUCAGUAUCGGUAUUGGUGUCGAUAUCCCUAUCGGUAUUGGUAUCAGUAUCACUAUCAGUUUCGGUAUUGAUAUCAACGAUGGUAUUUGUAUCGAUUUCGGUAUCAGUAUUAGUAUCAAUCUCCAAUAAGUAGUGGUAUAUACAUAUAUAUAUAUAUAUAUGAGUUUCAGUAUCAAUACUGGAAUCAAUAUCGGUAAUGAUAUCAAUGUUGGUAUCAGCAUUAAUGAUAUCAGUAUCUGUCAAUGCAAGGCAAAAGUAUCCGGUCAGGACUCAGGAUCCCCAGAUAGUCAAUCUUGAAAGUAUCAGAUCCGGACAUCCGUACCAGCCGGGUAAAUCCAGAGAAGAAUCUCUGACUAAAUGUGCCAUGACAUCACAAUCGUACACUCAGACUCUAGGUGUGCGAAAUGUUUAGGAGUCUGAGAAUCUGUCGUUAUAAGUAUUGUGGUUGUUGUAGGAAGAAGAAAAAAUAAGGGCAUUUUUGAGCUAAUCUACAAUCUACAGCAAAUGCCUUCUUGCUGUUUUUUUAAGCUUUUAAGAGAUAGAUUAAUCUUUAGACGGCAUUGACUUUCAUGUAAAUAUGACACUUGAUGGCUCGUUCUGAGAGCUGAUUAGUCGACCAGAAUAUGCUGCUUUUCUUGGUCUUUUUAGUUCUGUGUUUGUUAUUAGUAUAAACCUAAUGUAGCAUUUUCUCUAAAUCAAACUUUUACACUUAUGUGACUGUUGUCUGGUGCAAUAGAAGGGCUUUGAGGGAGUAGUCGGAGUUGAUUAUGGGUUUUAAACAGGGAGGUUUUCAGAGGGGGAAGCUGUUUAAUGUCAGACGUCGGUAGAGUUUGAGUUUGUGGUUGUUUGGGAAACCACGGGGAUAAAGUGGAUUGUUGAACUCGAGAUAUUUCCCUUUAAUUGUACAGUACACUGGACCGUUCUUGGUAGGGAACUGAUUGUACGUAGAGUAUGUAGCAGGUUGAGCUUGACGUCUCAUUUCUUUGGAGCACUUUUUUCAUUUCGUGUGUCUGUCGUGGGCAACUUUUUGCACUGUAAUGUGGAUGUUUGUUGUAGGGCGUUUUGUAGUGAAUCUCUUUUAUAUUUACCAUAAAUGGAGGAUUAGAUUCCCUCUCAUUAAAACAGUAAGGAGAGCCUGACUUACCUUUCAUACCUGUAUUUUUGACAAUAACUUCCGCCCCGUUGUUCACAUUUGAUGCAUCGUAGGUUCUUAUGUUUCUUUUCUUUUGUUCUUUUUUUUUCCUUUCCUUUCACUGUAAUUUUCAAACACACCAGCUCUCAGUCUUCAACCUGUCUGCUUUGCUUGGCUUGGCCCCUGGCAUGCACUUCAACCACACACACAAACAGAACAAGGUGUUUUCUUUCACUUUCUUUGUAUGCUGUUUUCACUGCUGUUUCAAUGCUGUUUAUUCCAGUGCUGUUUAUUGAAGGUGUGCUGGCCCUUCACCCUCAUCUGUGUCAUUUGCUGGCUGUCUGCGCGCUCUGACACAAGCUUUUGUGUUCUCACUGCAACACAUGAUUGGGAUUAUUGUGGUUUUUUCACACUUAAAGCUCCUGUAGGUUUUUUUUUUGGUUCAAAACAAUUUGAAAUUAAUACUCAUGCCUCUCUAAGACCACUGACAUUUAAAUCGACUUUUGUAUUAAGUGAUUUCAAUGUCUGAAAACAGUGGCGGGGGGUAGGUGUCGGACAAAGUGAGUAAAGGCUGGAACUGCCUUUGUAAAAUAAAGACAGAGUGAGUUAUUUAGCUAAAAACACUACUAACAUAUGUCGAAGACAAAAUAAACAAACAGGCAGGAGGUACUACUUUGUCCACAGGGGGCGCUAAAAUCCAAACAAACAGAAAAAUCCUGACAGGAGCUUUAAGUUCAGUUUCUUCCUCCUUUAAAAUACUCACAAAUGCUUGUAUUUCCCCCAAAACAAUAACAUUAAAAGUAAUAGACAGGAUAUAUUGAACUAAGCUUUAUUUUUAACAUGAAAAUCUACGUGCAUUGGUUUCAUAAGCGUAUGAAACCAAUGUCAGGUUAAAGCUCCUGUGAGAGGGCACUGGAGUCAAAAGUUGAUCACAGGAGCUUUAAAGCAGAAUUUUGCAUUUUGAUGGAUAUUAACAUGCCAUUGUGAUAAACUAUGGAUGCACACAUUGUAAGUAUCCUCACUGUGGAAGUGUUAGCAUGCUGUUUUUAGCGUUCGGUCUUGCUUUGUUUUGGGAAAUACAGGCAUUUGAUGAGUUUGUACUGUUUUUUUUCCAAUCAGCUGCACUAAUUUGAUCAAUUGGUAAAAAUUACUUUCAAAAUUAGCUCUUUAAAACUUCACUGUAAAUAAGUAGGAUCAGCACAGUUCAGGAAAAUCUGACUAACUUUGGCCACGAUUGUUAUCAACCCUUUUUUUUCCUCUUUCUCCUGAGCUUUUGCUUCUUUCUUUAAACAAAUGUUUCUACGUGCUACAUGCUUUGUAAAUGCACUGUAUUCCAGCAUGUUUCUUUUACUGUGAAUGCAUGUCAACUGGGCGAGCAAAGUCACUGCUUUUCUGUCGUUCUGCUCUGCUUUACACACACUUUAUCACACAUUGUCUCUGUCAUGGGGCGCCAAAUGGUUUUAAAUAUCUGACAGGUAUGUCGUGCUGUUCGACAGUAAAGUAUCAGCUCCAGGAACGUAUAAUCCGCCCUUUAUGAUGCUUUAAUGUCACGAUUAUUGCACCCUGUCUUUUAAAAGCAUUUGGCGCCGGGUUCCUUCACUGUGCGCUAAGAAACUUGCCGGACUCAACUCAAGUGUUCGUUUAUUCAGAGAGCGAGAGGGCGAAUGUAGACGGGCUUGUGAAAGUUAAGCUCAAUGCAAAUGUAAGUGAAAAAAUUUAACCACAUUUGAGAGUCAUGACAUUUUCUGGUGUGAAAGUCUGAGUAUCGUCAGAAGAUGGACACACACACUCACACACACACACACAUGAACACUGGCGUUGAGUCCACGUUGUGUUUCCCUUCACUUCCGCCAAACAGCGCUGACAGCGAAUCACGUCCAUUGAGGCAUUUUGUAUUUUGUUGUAUUGUACGAACAGUAUCAGACUUAUAGAUUGUGAUUUUGUAUUCAUCAUGUGAUUUAUAUUUUAAAGGAGUUAAUCAGAGCCAAAAUUAAUCGAUUUUAAAAUUUAACCGAAUGUAGUUUUUAUUUGUGCAGAAUACACACUGUGAUGAUGUGAUCGAAUCGACUGAUAUCACGCUUAACAUGGAAAGUAUUUAACUUUUUGGCAAAUGAUCUGAUUUCUGGACAAAAGAUAUUUACACCGCCUGUAGGACUGUGAUAUGUUGGUGAAUUAAAGCCGCAGUGAGUGAGUUUUAAAGAGUCAAAACACAGCUCAACUUUCAGCUCCUCAGACUUAUUAUAUGUAGCGGUGUUAGGAGGCAUUUUAGCAUCGCGUUGUGCUUCUUCUGUUUACAUCUCACGCUUUUCACGGACUGAGUGACUUAUUUUGAAGGAAUUAAUCGACUUUUGGCUAUUCUUAUAUUCUUAAGCUCAAGAUUGGUGACUGUUCCUCUGCAUGUCCUGUAUUUUCUAAUUCAUAAAAAUCAGAGGAAAUACUCGACGUGUAAAGAUCAGAUUGUUGCCAGUCUAGUUUAGGAGGCAGUUAAACUCGUAUUUCUUUCACACAAACUGACUUUAUGGCGCUGACUCACUGGUUUUUCUUUGUAACCUUGCACACCUGUCCUUUUUAUUUUCCUCACGAAACACCAGCUUGAAUUUUCCUCCCAAGGUCUCAUCUCUCUUUUUAAUGCUGUAACUGAUUGUGUGCAUUAGUGUCAAUAAAAAACAAAUUGUACGAUUAAGAAGAGGGACUCUGACAUUUUCUGUAGUUGUAGACCAACGUCCAACUACCCUUUGUCCUGACCCUCAUGCAUCCACCUACAUCCCCCACCUGACCUGCGCCCACCCAUCCACCUGUGUCCUGUGUUUGUGGUAGUUAGACCGUAGAGUAGUGCUUGUUUAUUUCGUUUUUGUUCGGUGUUUUGUGCACAUUUAGUUUGUCUGUGAGCUCGUUGAGUCACUUGUGUGUGUGCUUUGUGUUAUUGUAGUUUUUUUGUCUGUAGUGUGGUAAGUUCUUUUAUAGCACCCGUCACAGAUCUGCACUCAGUGGUUGCCUUGGUUUUACCCAUGAUCCAGUUUGGUGUGUAACAGUGGACUCAGUGGAAACUUUGCACCUGGGCAAGUAUACGGUCCCCACUUAGUAUCAUGUAGUAAACUGAUGUAGUGGAUCUAGCUGUAGUAGAAGUGAAUGUUUGUUUUUUUCCUCUGUUUGGAUGAACGUUUUACAAGAAGUCGCAAAAUGUAGAUUUGAGCUUCUGUUAGACCAAACGCCAUUUAAAAAAGUGCAGAUUUUGGGUAACAUCCAAAAAUAAGACAAAAAAACCUGACAUUUUAUUUAUAGUGUUUUUAAGAGAGAUGGAUAAAGUAUUAAAAAAUUUUCCCCCCAAAAUGAGACUAUUUAAGAUUAUAUCGUCCCAAAAAAAUGUUAAAUCAAAAGUUUUAAAUUUUCUAGAAAAAAAAACAUUACUUUCCUUGAAAAAUUGUUUACAUUUUCCAAAUAUAGAGUAUUUUUAAAAACAUUUAAUUUUCCUUAAAAAGACCCAAAUUUUCCCAAAAAGUUUCAUUUUUCAAAAUUAAAUCUUGAAACAUUUUCAUUUUCCAAGAAUUUUUUUCAAUGUUCUAAGAAAAAUUUUUAAUCAAAAGGACUUUUUUUUUUUUUUUUUAAAGAUUUUCCAAGAAUAAAUAUUGUAAAAUUUUUCCAAGACUAAAUGUUGAAUCUCCAAGAAAAAUGUUUAAUUCUUUUUUCAAGUAAAUGUUUCAAGUAAACGUCCCAUUUUCAGCUUAUUUAAAUAGAUAAUUUAUGUUUUAAGAUCCAUUAUUUUUCUCUCACAUUUUUUAAAUCUCGACCUGCAGAAUAUGUCAUCAAUCAUUUUUACUACAAAAUGAUGAUUUUCUAAAACGCACUAUUGCACCAUCUGUCUUUUUCUGUCCCUUUUACUGCACUGAUAUGAUCGUAGUAAACCUUGAAGUGAAAGUGCUGAUCCGUAGAUCUUUACUAACAUCUGUAAACCUUAACUUCUUGAUUUUCGUCCCUCUUUUUCCUUCCUUUGUUUGUGUUUAAAAGUUUAGAUGAGGAUCCAAAUAGAAUAGAUGUUCAUGCCCGCUAAACUGACUUUAAACUUGAAAUUCAUCGCCUCACAUGUAAAUCACAUUCAGGGAUUAUUUGGGGAGUAUUUGAGCUUCCGGAUCCAGACGCUUUUCCUCCACGUUGAAAGGUCUGAUAAAAAAAAAACUGCAAAGUCACUGUAAGAAUUAAAUGAUAAGGAUGGCUGUGAAUUUCAUAAGAGCAUUUGGAUUAUAUAGAGUGAAUUUUAACGCCCUUCACCAUCUUCUCUCUUAUCUCACCCCUUCUCCCCCCUCCGUUUUCCAACUUCACUCUCCCACAGAAAGUCCCGGUUCUGAGGACUCUCCAGCUGGAAGUCCCCAUGUGGUCGUGAACGGAAACGGCUCCGUGCACGGACAGGGCAUGAGCGGCAUCGUUCCAGGUCAGAGUCCCGAGAGGCAGCAGCUGUCGCCUCUCACCAGCCCGCUGCUCACCGACGCUGGAUGUGUCCGCCAUGAUGACGAAGAGGAGGCGAGGAGGAAGGUGAGCAUGCAAACAGACACUGAUAGGACACUGUGAGGAAAGAGCUGCACGUCCGCAUGGAAACGGCACAUUGCUGACCGCAAAAGCAGUCAUUGUGGUUAAACCUUUCCCAGAUGGAUGGAUCUCAUCUCUCUGUUUGUGUCCAGAAGUUUCCCACAGAUAAGGCGUACUUCAUCGCCAAGGAGUUGUUGACCACGGAGCGGACCUACCUCAAAGACCUGCAGGUCAUCACAGAGGUAAAAAACAAAAAAACACAUUUUUGAACACUUAAAAACAGCUUCCUCUUUCUUUCUCUCUCCGCCUGAGAAGCAGAGAUGUUUGCAAAGCCUUCUGCCCUUCAGGAGUUAGUCAGGCUGAGAGUAAACACAUUUCCUUAAGUACACAGCUCUUAAUUACACAAAGAAAUGCUCAGGACUGGAAAAGUGAGUUUAAACGGGUCUUAAAUUUCAGGACAGUGAGCUAAAAUUGUUUUUUUACAAGCUUGUUUGUGAAGGCUGUGAGUCAGAAUUAGUUUCAGCUGGAUGCGAGACGUGAGUUUGCAGUCUUCAGCAGACUAAAUAUGGAGGGAAGUGAUCUCAUUUUGGUUGUUCUGUCAGCAAAAACACAAAAUAAGGAGCUCAAAUCUGUUUGUACUUUUGAUGGUGGACCGAAAUAAGAGGCUCACGGCGGAUUUCACCAUGUGGCAUGAAUUUUAUCAUAAAACAUGGACUUUAAAGCUCCUGUGAGCAAUUUUUCAACACAAAUGAUGAUUUUUUUUGCCGUGAUUUUAAAGUAGGUGUCAGUAGAGCUGAAGUAACUGCCCAGUUUUUACAUUUUCAACAGUAAAUAUUAAAAAAAUAAACAUUUGACUGUUAAAAGUUGGCAAAAUAAGCAAAGUUCCCACUUAGUAUCAUGUAGUAAACUGAUGUAGUGGAUCUAGCUGUAGUGGAAGUGAAUGUUUUUUUCUCCUCAAUAAGUCGCAAAAUGCAGAUUUGAGCUUCUGUCAGACCAAACCUCAUUUAAAAAAGUGCAGAUUUUGGGCAACAUCCAAAAAAACACAAAAUAAGGAGCUCAAAUCUGUUUGUACUUUUGAUGGUGGACCGAAAUAAGAGGAUUUCACCGUGUGGCAUGAAUUUUACACUGAGGCUCAUUAUAAAACAUGGACUUUAAAGCUCCUGUGAGCAAUUUUUCAACACAAAUGAUGAUUUUUUUUGCUGUGAUUUUGAAGUAGGUGUCAGUUGAGCUGAAGUAACUGCCCAGUUUUUACAUUUUCCACCGUAAAUAUUAAAAAAAUAAACAUUUGACUGUUAAAAGUCGGCAAAAGAAGCAAAGUUUGCGAUUUUAAGGCAUCAAUGUGCAAAACUGAGGGAAAAAACAGUUUCCUUAAUCACACAUUCAAACAACCGAACUUGUUUUUUUUGUUUGCCGAGACAGACUUUUCGCUUCCAGGCUCUUUAGUUUACGAGCAAAACCACAAAAAUUAACACAAAGAGGGAAACUCUGCGUGUUCAUCCGGGAUGAAAGUGCUUUUUAAUGUGGGGCCGGCUCGUCUGUUUUCAAUGUCGGACCGACUGACGAAUCAAAAAAGGAGAAUCAGCAGCAGCAGGAGGAGAUCAACAGAGUGAAAACCAAAGUUAAAGCCCCUCCAGGAGCGAACACCUGCUUAAAGAUCAGUUUUAUAAUAAUGGAGGUGACCUUUGACCUCUCUGUGGAGGGGAGGAAUCUCAUAUUUCCUCUCUGUUGUGUCUUUUUCUGCCUCUCAGCUGUUUUUCUUCUCAACAGUAGUUUUCAGUCUCUUUCAUGUGGGAGGAAGGCGUGCGCUGGCACUUUUUGAAAACCUCUUAAAUAUUUUCUUUGGCUGGCACCCACCCACCCACCUCUCUCUCCCUCGCCAUCCCUCCCCCCUCUCCUCAGUCGGUCUGCGACACAGCUGGACGCUCUCCUGUCUGCACUGUCUGUCAUAGCCGUGUGUGAUUUACUCUGACGGGGGAAUAUAACACCUCUGUGUCAGGGGGGAAAAGGCCACGAGGGUCACGGUGCGAGUGUGUGUGUGUGUGUGAGUGUGUGUGUGAGUUAGCUGAUCCUCAGCGCAAACAAACGUCACUGUGCCUUAAAGUCAAAUCAGUCAUUCAGACCAGGACCCCUUAUCCUCUGUCUGCUGGUAUCUUAUCAGUUUUGUUUGUGUGUGUGUGUGUGUGCCUGAAUGUGUGUUUUUUUCCUCUGGUACACCACAUUUAGAUGCUUUUUAAGUCUUUUUAAACGACAUAUUUGUGAUUUAUCUUGAAAAAACAGCCUCUUUAAAGGGUCUCACACAUUCUCAUCCGAGGUUGCUCACUCACUCCUGAUUCUUUUGUGUUGUAGUCCUUCCAGAGCGCGGCAGGAAAAGAAGAAAUCUUCCCAGACUCUGUUAAAAACCUGAUCUCUGCCAACUAUGACCCCAUCUACAAGUUUCACCAGGGCUUCCUCAAAGAGGUGGAGCAGCGCCUGGCGCAGUGGUCAGUGCAUUUUUUAAUUCAACCUCUGAAGUUAAGUUCGAUCUGCUGCUGGAGUGUGUCCGUGUGUGUCCUUUCUGCUCACUUAAAUGGGAUUGUGGGAAUGAUUGAAGAUUUUCCAGUCACUGCUUUUUAAAACACCGCUCUCCGCUGACAUCUACUGGUAGAAAAUGGAACUGCGUGCGCUCUGUAAUCGAAGGGUUCUCGUCUUUGUAGGGAGGGACGCUCAAACGCUCAUAUUAAAGGUGACUAUCAGCGGAUCGGUGACAUCCUCCUGAAGAACAUUCAGGGUCUCAGGGUAACUAUGAGUCCAGUUUCAUCAUGUUUGUGUUUUUUUCUUUUCAAUUUCUGAUCGUAUUUGUUGUGAAAUGAUCGACUCUUUUCCCUCUUCCCUCUUUUUGGCACCUGCAGCAGCUGACGAUCCAUCUUCAGAAACAUUCAGAGUGCCUGGUCGAACUUGAGCGAGCCUGCAGGUAACGUUAGAAGCAAAUGUUGAUUGUGAAAUAAAAAAUAUACGUUUGUUUUAAAAUUUGAUGCACUGGCAGCCUUUCUCCUCUCUUUCUGCUCCUCAGAUCCGCUCGUAAAGUGGAGGCCGUAUGUCGAGACUUCGAGCAGCAGAGAGUUUGCUACCUGCCCUUCAACAUCUUCCUCCUCCGCCCUCUUCAUCGCCUGCUGCACUACAAACUCAUCCUGGAGCGGCUCUGCAAGCACUACCCGCCCACACACGACGACUUCAGGGACUGCAGAGGUACGAUUUCAGCGCACAUCCUCAUCCACCUUUCUGACUUUUACUUUUAUUUUUAAAUCCAUGUUUUCAUCCUCGAUGUGAAACCGCUUCCCUUUUAGCCGCGCUGGCAGAUAUUUCAGAGAUGGUGCUGCAGCUUCAGGGCAGUAUGAUGAAGAUGGACAACUUCCAGAAGCUCCUGGAGCUGAAGAAAGAUCUGACCGGCAUCGACAACCUCGCCAUCCCAGGACGGGUUAGAGACUUUAAAGCUGGAGCUGUAAAUAAUUCAGCUAUGAAGACAUUUUUGAUUGUGUUUUGAUGUUUUCCUGACAGGAGUUCAUCCGGCUCGGCUGUCUCAGUAAACUCUCAGGGAAAGGUCUUCAGCAGAGGAUGUUCUUCCUGGUACGGCAUGACUCCUGCUUUUCAAAAUAAAGCUCAAAGUCAAUGAGAGUAAAAACCUAAACCCUUUACUCUUCUUCUUCUUCUCUCUAGUUUAGCGAUUCUUUGGUGUACACGAGUCGAGGAAUGACGCCAUCGAACCAGUUUAAAGUCCACGGCCAGCUGCCCUUAUAUGGCAUGACGGUAUGUGACCCCGCUCUUAAAGUAACACGCUUUUAUUUUAUUUGAAUCACUGUACUGCAGGAAUAUGAAAUUGUGGCAUGUGGAUUUUGUAGGUAAUGUGUUUUUUUUUCAUUUUGUGUGUGUGUGUUUUUUGCAGAUCAGAGAAAGCGAGGAUGAGUGGGGAGUCCCUCACUCGUUCACCUUGUUCGGACAGCGUCAGUCUGUCGUCGUAGCAGCGAGGUAAACACCCAAACAUGAGGGUUUUCAGUUUUAAAGCUCCUGUAAGGAAUUUUACCAACUUGACCUUUAAAUAUUCAAGCAGCGUUUUUAAAUUCAAAUUCAACUUUAUUUGUAUCACAGAGGCUAAAAAUAACAAUAACGACAAUAAAACCUGAACCUCCCACCCACAUACACACCCAUGGACCCACACAUACACACACACAACCGCACACAGUGUGAGAAUUUAAAGGGGACCUGCCAUCAAAAAUGUAAUUUUUGUUUUUUUUUGUGUCAGAUAAGGUCCGUAUUAUGUUCGUCUUAUGUUGUAAAUGUGAAAACAAACCGUUACGUUUUCAUUCUGUAAAGGUUUAAAAUUAAGGAACGAGUAAACCAGGCCGAUUGAAAAAGCAGGUCCCUCUGACGUCACGCUGACCUUGCUCAUUAUUAUUCAGGAGCGCGUCCUCAGUGAAUCGCGCCCACUCUUUCGUUCUCGUACUCAUUCACAGUCAACAUCACUCUCCAGCCAGAGCGAGACCCAGCUACCACUCUAUCCGCUAUGGGUCUCUUCCAAACGACCGGCGUUUCCUUCGGUUCACUGCCGGCAGAAUGAAUGAGAAAACACCGCUGGAGAUCUCCGGCUUCUUCUUCAACUUCCACCUCCUCUUCGGACUCGGGGUCUAAAAUAUAUGGUUUAAUACCUGCUGUUUUUAGCCUUUAGCAUAAGGUGACCAGACGUCCCAGAUUUCCAGGGACCGUCCCUGAAUUGGAUGACCUGUUAUAUUAUUAGAGAGACAUCACGUGAGGAAAGAGCUACCUCUGGGAAACACUGGAGAUAAAGACAGAGAUAAAAAUGGUGAAAAGACUAAAACAAGAAAAUAAUAUUAAAUGAACAGAUAAGUAAAAGCUCUUUACCGUAUAAAAGAGAGGUAAAAGAAGUAAAAACCUGUGACGGGAAUUAAGAAAAAGACCAAGAACAGAGGUAAUAAAAAAAUGACAUAAAAUAAACAAUAAGAACUUUGAUUAAAAUGAACAUUUUCAAUAAGAGAAAUAUAAAAAGGCAGCUAGUAAAAAGCCUCUUCUUAAAAACAUCAACAGUCUCUGCCUCCCCGUGUGUUUUUGUUUUGACUUUGGAUUAAAAGGUUAAAAGACCUGUGCCGAAGGACCUCAGGGUCCGCGAGGGUUGAUAUGGUAAAAGUAAGUCAGAUAAGUAGGAGGGGCCGAGAUCAUUAAUACAUCUAAAAACUAAUAAAAGAACCUUAAAUCAAUCCUGAAACGGACGGGGAGCCAAUGCAGCGAUGCUGAAACUAGCGUCAUAUGCUCUCGCCCUCUGGCCCUUGUCAGCGCUCUUGCAGCUGAAUUCUGAGGAGGCAUCCUGCUGACUUGACUGUGGAAUGCUACAUUUAUGGUAAAUAUUUAAUCGUGCUCGCCUGACAUCGACCCCCUUGUUCUAGUUUCAGACAAAAUGAGGAUUUAAAAGGUACCGAUCUCGUCUCUGGUGGUCUUGUUUACUUUUGGACGUGAUAACAAGGCAACAAUAUGAAUUUUAGUCUGUUUAUAAACGUCGAAAAACUCCUUACAGGAGCUUUAAAUAUCCAUUUUCCAUUAAAGCUGUGAAAACAUGAAAAUUAGAGACAUUAGAUAAUUUCUCAUGACUGAAAUGAUUCAUUAUAAAUGAAGCUGUGUGUCUCUAAGAGAAACACUUUGAAACAUUCAUGCAGGUCAAACUCAUCAAAUAUGGAUCCGCCCUCUGUAGGUUUACUCGCGCUUUAAUCAAACUGGACUCUGUGACCUAUUUUUUCAUUCAGACGCUCACUCACUGAUUAAAACGCUCAGAUUUUACUCCAUCAAAGACUCGACUUCACUUCUUUUUGUGUGCAGCUGUGCCGCAGAGAUGGAGCGAUGGGUGGAGGACAUCAGGAUGGCCAUCGAUCUGGCGGAGCAGAGCAGCAGCCCGAACACCGACCUGGUGUCCACGAGUCUCUCUGACAACAGUAAGAGCGUUUUAACCACAUCGAUCGGUCAUUUACAGGUUCGAGUGAAUUUCAGGUCUUUCUCCCCCUCUGAGGAAACAGACGUCUGCUUUCACCACCUCAUAAAUAAUCCCUCCACAUUGUCCCAGCUGGUCUUUCAUCAUAUUUUCAGCGUCACCUGAUCCGAGCACAUCCAGAUCCCAGCUGUCGCCCCCUCUUCUUUUCUCUUGUCCUUUUUCUUAAACGCCUGUCACGAUCUUCAAUGAAGUCUCCGCCCUGUGACCUUUGGUUUGACGUCGCCAUUGUCGCCCCGUUAAAUCAUCUGCUGUGUACAUUUUUAAACCCAAACGGUUAAAGAGUAUUCACUUUCAAGCAACAACAAAAGGAUUAUUUUACUCCUUUUUUGUGUGUCUGUCUUUUUGAAUCUUGUUUUAGAAAUUACACCCACAGAGAAAGGUCGAACUCUUGUCCCAUCUGCAACCAGUUAGCCGGUUAAGCGUAACUAAACAAACCGUCUCCGAGGCCCCGAAGUUGUUUCAGAGAAAAUAAUGUCAUAGCGUUACUUUAAUUUGCACUCAGCCCCUAAAGCUGGAUAAACACAAGCAGUUUACGCUUGUAAUUAGUCCAAAUCCUUUAACGGCUUAUCACAGCGGUCAAAUACAUCCCUGAGUUUGACUUCGUUUGCUGUUAUAAGAUGAUUAGAGCCCAAAACGAAACAAAACUAACCCCAAAAGGCAGAAAUGAGGUUAUUAUCACUCUUAACAGAGCAGGAUUAUUGAAACGAUUUAGAAACAUAACCGUAGAAACUUUUAACCUUUAUUAGUUUUUAUUCAUUAUUAAUGUUAAUUUAAGGUGUAUAGUUUUAAAGUCUGUUUUCAUGAUUCAUAUUCUAGAGUUAUCGGAGGACGGUGGAGCUGAUCUGGAGUCGGAGGAGGAGCUAGGAGGCUCACGCUCGUCUCUAGAGCGUCAGGGUCACCGUGGUAACACCACCGUGCACGUCUGCUGGCAUCGCAACACCAGCGUGUCCAUGGUGGACUUCAGCGUGGCUGUGGAGGUACCGUGUCCUCUGUCAUCUGUUUUUUCCUGUAUCUGUGGAGUCCGGUCUUGAGUCUUUAGUCUGUGUCCUCAGGAGUGUUUGUGUUUCUGUCCUUUUCUCUUUCUCCAUCUCUGCCUCUUUAUUUUCUCUCCUUCCUUUUCCAAUCUUCCAUCUGUCUUUUUUUCCACCUCUGUGCGUCCAUGAGGCCUUUUAACAGUCUGCAGGAGCCUGUAUCUCUCUGUGGCCUGUCCUUUAGUGACACCUGCUGGAAUUCGAGAGGUACUGCUAAAGCCUCUGUAUUCACGGAUCCAUGCAGGAAACUUCAGAGGACAAAAGUUCAGAUUUGUUGUGUGCAGUUAUUUAACAGGCCACUGGACGCUUACUGUGUCUGUAAUAUUUCACAUUUAACUUUUAAUGUUUGUGUUUGCGUGUCUUCUGCGUUUCCAGAACCAGCUGUCAGGGAACCUGCUGAGGAAGUUUAAGAACAGUAACGGCUGGCAGAAACUCUGGGUGGUCUUCACCAACUUCAGCCUCUUUUUCUACAAGUCACACCAGGUAAAAAACAUACUAACCCUUUAUUGCCUUUUGUAUUAUAUUUGAUACAUACUUUUAUGAUACUUCUAUCAAUCAAUAUGAUCAACAAAUUACUAAAAAUACACCUGAAUACAGUCCGAUAAAUGAUAAAAAUGUCCUCUUGUGGUUUAUCAGUUUCCAAAAACAUCUGAUGUGUCAAACGAGAUAAAUAAAUACAUAUAUUUGUUAAAUUGUAAGGACAUUUUGAUUGUUUUGGUUUUCAGUAGUAAGUCAAAUAAACAUUUUCUGGCCUUAAUUUGUGGUUUCAGGCAUCAAAGGGUUAAAAAUGCAGAAAUGUUGGCAUGUUUUUGAUCAUUUAACUCGGGGAGUUAAAAUUAAAGAGGCGUUUUUAUACCGACUGACUUUCGUCUGCUUACAGGACGACUAUCCUCUCGCCAGCCUCCCUCUGCUCGGCUACUCCGUCACGGUCCCGUCCGAGUCGGAGAACAUCCACAAAGACUACGUCUUCAAACUCCACUUCAAAUCCCACGUGUACUACUUCAGAUCAGAGAGCGAGUACACGUUCGAGAGGUAGUCAAGUUAGAAUCCAGUUUCAAUUGUUUUUUUGGUGUUAGAAGUUCGACCCAUGUACCAUCUGAUUACAUGGAGGAGACACGAUGAUUGAAAUCUUUCUCAUCUCCAGGUGGAUGGAGGUGAUCCGCAGCGCCACCUGCUCCGCCAGCCGCUCACUGCCCAGCACCACCAGGAAAGACCUUUAUUGAUGAAUCACCUCCGUUAGAGAGAGACUCUUAUUUCACACGCGGUGCACACGGCCCUCUUAUCGAAUCAUGCACACCCUUCCAGAGGUCCUCCCACUUCACUCCUGUACCCUCACCUUUCUGCACCACCCGAGUCUGACGCCGACGUGGACUCUCGCUGGAUUACUUUCAAACUUUAAGCUAUUGUUUCGACCAUGAGUUUUGUUCACAUGCACACACACACACACACAGACACAGAAAAUGCUUUUAUCCCGGUGAUAAACCUGACUGAAACUAUCUGGGACACUUGAGCAUGAGUUUGUGUGUCACAUCAUGUGUUUUUACUUUUCCUCUUCGAUGACAGAUCUGCGAUGAGAGUAGAACGUGUAUAAUGUGGUUUAAUAACUGUGUGCAUGUGAACAUGAGUAUUUUUAUUUGCCUGGAAAUCGAUACGAUGAAUUCAACAUGUUGCCUGUUCUCCAUCCAUCCGUUUCAUUUCAUGAGGCGACUUUUUGUACAGUACAUCGAAACACUGUGAAAUGUCUUUUUCUUCAUGUUUUUCUUUGAUUCUUAAAGACUGAAAAAAGCCUCGAAUGCCAACAGAGAUUUCACUGGGUCUUUUGCCAAAUACCUUCUCUUCUGUACCUUCCAGUUUUCUGGAUUUUAAUCUUCUAAAUAAAAAUGAGAAAUAAUUGUGUUCAUACAGAGGAAA